AUGACAAGCAAUUUACUAUUCGGUGAAGAGGAUACUGCAGGAUUGACAAAGGAUGAGACAGAAAGGGAGAAUGAGAAAGAAUUGAAGGAGGAGGUAGAUAACAGAGGAGAAGAAGAGAAUGGGAUGGGAAAAGGUAAAACAGACGAAGAGCUAAAUGCAUGUAUAUGGUGUGAGAUAAAAAUAUAGAGAUAAGGGUGACAGAGAAAGUAAUAAAAGAGAUAGUAAUAAGAGAAAAUAUAUAUAUAUAAAAUUAAAGGGAAAUUAACUAAAAUAGGAAAAUUGAUAGAAAAGUGUAGUGGGAGUGGGGGGAGAGAAUGAGUUAAAGUCAAAUUUACAUUUUAUUAGAUGAGACAAAUAUCUCUUGUGAUUAAAUAACAUAACAUUAAUAAUCUAGCAGCAAGAGAGAAAAGUUAUAGAAAAAUACAUAAAUUAGAAUACACACAGAGAGGGGGGUUAUAGUAAGGUGUCACAAGAAAUUAGAAAUAAAAGUAGUGAUUUUAGACAGGCAGAUAGAGAGGCAGAUAGAGAGAAUAGAUACAUGUGUUCAAUCAAUGAGAGAUACACAGAUAUGGAGACUGUAUCAGUGGACUGUAUAGAGGCAACAGAUGGAAGUGAAGUUGGUAAAGAAGGAGCUGUAGAUUGGAAUUGUUACACAGUGUCACUGGAGGAAUGAUCAGGCUCAUGUAUAGACUGAGAAUAUCACUAAUAGGAGAGUGGGUAUGUGGGACUAAGUCAGAGGGAGACAGGUAAAAUGUAAGCGGCAGGUAAAUGGGAGAGAGACGGGGAAAUUGGGAGAGACAAUGAAAAUGGGAGAGACAGGUACAAUGAGGGAGACAGGUAAAUGUGAGAGACAGGUAAAUGGGAGAGAGACAGGGAAAUUGGGAGAGACAAUGAAAAUGGGAGAGACAAUGAAAAUGGGAGAGACAGGUACAAUGAGGGAGACAGGUAAAUGUGAGAGACAGGUAAAUGGGAGAGAGACAGGGAAAUUGGGAGAGACAAUGAAAAUGGGAGAGACAAUGAAAAUGGGAGAGACAGGUACAAUGAGGGAGACAGGUAAAUGUGAGAGACAGGUAAAUGUAAAAGGGACAGGUAAAUGUGAGAGAGACAGGGAAAUUGAAUAAAGACAGGUAAAUUGGGAGAGACAGAUUAAUGGAAGAGAGAAAGGGAAAUUGAGAGGGGCAGGUAAAACGAGGGAGACAGGUAAAUGUGAGUGACAGGGAAAUUGAAUAAAGACAGGUAAAUUGGGAGAGAUAGGUAUAUGGUAGUUAUAAGCACAGUACAUAUAGUUAUAACAGAGAGCUAAGAAUAACAGUAAUAAUAACAGUAAUAAUAAUAAUAACUAAUAAUAACAGUAAUAAUAAUAACUAAUAAUAACUAAUAAUAAUAAUAACAGUAAUAAUAACUAAUAAUAAUAACAGUAAUAAUAAUAAUAAUAACAGUAAUAAUAACAGUAAUAAUAACUAAUAAUAAUAAUAUAUAAUAAUAAUAACUAAUAAUAAUAAUAGUAAUGUCUGACCCGAAGUAGCAGUCCCCGGGCUGUGGGAGCUGUAGGAGUAGUAGGAGCAGGCUCAGGGCUGCCAGGGGGAGGAGGAGGCCGGCUGGCAUGGUUCAGACCCAGCUCUGAUCUUCAUCUCUCUCCCGGCAGCUGAUCACUGGCCUCCUGUCCCUCCCGCCCUGCGCAUUUAAAGGGACUGGACACGCCUCGACGCUCAUUGGCCCGCCGCGGGCACACCUUUAUUCUCAUUGGACGCUCGGCAAAGGUGUGACCAGUGGGAGGGGCUUACACUUCACCUGAGCCAGCCUGCAGCAUGGGGGGCAGCUGGUUAACCCCUUCAGCAGCACAUGGGGCCCCUGGAGCACUUCACAGCCUGGGACAGGCAGAUAGGACACCUUGAUAAAUUCCCCCCACCCCCUCCCCCAGAGAGACACAGAAACCCAGGUGAUGUAUAGCAGACACCAUCAAAACACAAACACAUAUACACACAAACACAACACAGAAGGAGCAAGGUAAGUGUCAGCAGACAAAUUGUGUUUUCUUCUUAAAUGCUCUGUAAUAUUGCCAAAAUAAACAUUCCAAUAGACAGUGAAUAAUAGUUUCAACAACACACACACACACACACACACACACACACACACACACACACACACACACACACACACACACACACACACACACACACACACACACACACACACACACACACACACACACACACACACACACACACACUAGAUAUAUGUCAUGUUCACAGAUAUGACUCCUAGUAGCUAAACCCUUUCACCACUAAAUUAUUUGUAACAUUUAAAGGUGCUGAGUAAAUAGUUUUAAAAAGCACAUUGGCACAAUGAAACCACAAUCUCAUAGAUUUUAUAUGGACAGUCUCAGAUACAUUAUUCAAUCCAGAAUAGCACAGUAACUGACCAUAAACCAUAACACAAUGCAUGUCUCCCACUCCUCUGAUAAAAGUAUAGUUGGUUGUCAGCAAUGUUGGCUGUUGGAAUCCUAGAAUAUUUCAUUUAACAUUCCAGAACUUAUUUUCCUCUCUGUCUGUCUGUUGCUCCAACACACACUGACAAAGCUAUUUCCUGGACAGUUUGCAAUGGUUUUCUGACCUCACAGACUGUCUAGAAAUAAAUGAUAAAUAAAUGAUGAUUAAUGAUAUUGUAUUUAAGGUGUGAUAAAAUGUAAAUCACUUGUUCACACAGGAUUGGGGUAAAUUAAGUUGCUUAAAGUAUAUAGAAAAAAAAUCUCACUGUGUCUACAGUGUCAGAAAAUCUAGAGAAUAUAAAAUAUUGAAUACGAACAGUGAAAACAAAGUUUGUACAAAAUCCCUCCAAAUCUCUGAGGAUUUAAUUUAGCUAACCUUGAUGUAAUAUAUUGAAUUAAGCACAGCUAUCUAUCUCCCAGAGAAUAUCUCCCUCUAGCAUGUAAGCUCAUCGAGCAGGGCCCUCACCCCCCUCUGUUCCUGUACGUCAGUGGUCUGAUCUCAAUUAUGUGUCUGUUAGUCCACCCAUUGUACAGCGCUACGGAAUUUGUUGGCGCUAUAUAAAUAAUAAAAUAAUAAUAAUAAUAAUAAUAUGAUACUACAGAGGGGAGAUAACUAUACUUUUGUUUUGUGGGGAUUUCCUAUUUAAUUUAUGGUUUAUACGUUUAACCAAUUAUACAUAUUGAACUGCCAUUUAAGAUAACAAAGAAGCCCUUUUUUAAUGUGAUAAGUGAUGCAGUAUGCAUUAUUAUUAUUAUUAUAAAUAAAACGUUCCAAUAGAAAGAUGCACCUUAUUAUAUUUUAUUUAUUUGGUCUACGGGCUGUUAUAUUAGGAGGGAUCGGAGUUAGUCAUAAUGAGAAUUUUGUACUCAUUACUUUGUUUCCACCAUUUGUAUCCAAUUUUCUGACUGUAGACACCAGUGAGAAUGUAUCUAUAUUUUAUGAUUAUAUUAUUACUGAUUAUAGUUAAGGGUUAUGCGCUGUGCUAGUUCUAGUGCUGGCUGGACUCAGGUUAACGAACAUCAAUUAGUUUCACCAAUCUAACAAAUUAAGUUACUGUUGGUACUUGAGGUGGGUGGUAAUAGAACAAGUAUAGCUGUACCUGCUGCAUGAUGUGUGAAGAGACUAAAUUCUCCCAUUUUUUUAGUUAGAUUUAAUUCAUCUCAGGGAUUCAAACACUCCAAUUUGGAGUUUAUUGAAUACACUUUGAAUUGGAGUGAAUUUUAAAGGAACACUAUAGUCACCUAAAUUACUUUAGCUAAAUAAAGCAGUUUUAGUGUAUAGAUCAUUCCCCUGCAAUUUCACUGUUCAAUUCACUGUCAUUUAGGAGUUAAAUCACUUUGUUUCUGUUUAUGCAGCCCUGGCCACACCUCCCCUGGCUAUGAUUGACAGAGCCUGCAUGAAAAAAAGAACUGGUUUCACUUUCAAACAGAUGUAAUUUACCUUAAAUAAUUGUAUCUCAAUCUCUAAAUUGAACUUUAAUCACAUACAGGAGGCUCUUGCAGGGUCUAGCAAGCUAUUAACAUAGCAGGGGAUAAGAAAAUCUUAAUUAAACAGAACUUGCAAUAAAGAAAGCCUAAAUAGGGCUCUCUUUACAGGAAGUGUUUAUGGAGGGCUGUGCAAGUCACAUGCAGGGAGGUGUGACUAGGGUUCAUAAACAAAGGGAUUUAACUCCUAAAUGGCAGAGGAUUGAGCAGUGAGGCUGCAGGGGCAUGUUCUAUACACCAAAACUGCUUCAUUAAGCUAAUGUUUUUCAGGUGACUAUAGUGUCCCUUUAAGCCAAAAUCUAAAAUUAACCCCUUAAGGACGGAGCCAAAUGUACACGUUGUGAACGAAACAAAAUGUAAACAAAACCUGGCAUUUGCGCUACAUGUCUGUCCAACCGUAAUUCACCUCUUUCAUAUUAAAUGCACCCACCCUUAUUAUAUAUAAUCUUAUUCAGGGGAAACAGGGCUUUCAUUUAAUAUCAAAUAUUUAGCUAUGAAACAUAAUUUAAUAGGAAAAAAAUGGGAGAAAAUAAUUUUUUAGAUUUUUUUUUGUUCUACAUGACAUUUUAACUGUCAAUGUCAUAAUACUGUUUACUUUUACUGCAAUAAAAUACACAUAUUUGUAUUCAGCAAAGUCUCACGUGUAAAACAGUACCCCCUAUGUACAGGUUUUAUGGCGUUUUGGGAAGUUACAGGGUCAAAUAGAGCACGUUACAUUUGAAAUUGAAAUUCGCCAGAUUGGUUACGUUGCCUUUGGGACUUUAUAGUAGCCCAGGAAUGAAAUUUACACCCACAAUGGCAUACCAUUUGCAAUAGUAGACAACCCAAGGUAUUGCAAAUGGGGUAUGUCCAAUCUUUUUUAGUAGCCAUUUGGUCACAAACACUGGCCAAAGCUAGCGUUAGUAUUUGUUUGUGUGAAAAAUGCAAAAAACGCCAAUGUUGGCCAGUGUUUGUGACUAAGUGGCUACUAAAAAAGACUGGACAUACCCCAUUUGCAAUACCUUGUCUACUAUUGCAAAUGGUAAGCCAUCAUAGGGGUAAUUUUCAUUCUUGGGCUACCAUAGGGUCUCAAAGGCACCGUAACCAAUCUGGCGAAUUUUAAUGUGAAAAAAAUGAAACGCAAGCCUUAUAUUUGACGCUGUAACUUUUGAAAACACCAUAAAACCUGUACAUGAGGGUACUGUUGUACUCGGGAGACUUCGCUGAACACAAAUAUUUGUGUUUCAAAACAGUAAAAAGUAUCACAGCAAUAAUAUCGUCCGUGUAACUGCUGUUUGUGCAUGAAAAAUGCAAAAAACUUCACUUUUACUGGCGAUAUUAUCGUUGUAAUACAUUUUACUGUUUUGAAACACUAAUAUUUGUAUUCAGCGAAGUCUCCCGAGUAGAACAGUACCCCCCAUGUACAGGUUUUAUGGUGUCUUGGAAAGUUAUAGGGUUAAAUAUAGUGCUAGCAAAUUAAAUUCCCUUUACUUUCGGCAUGGGUUGUCAGGCAGGUCCCGCUAAUUGUAAUUAAUUAAGAUACCUAAUUAUGUAAAAAUAUUACAUAAAUAUAUAUGUAGAAUUAAUAUAUGUAUAUAUAUACGUGUAAUUUGAUAUUAAUAUAUAUAUCUAUAAUUCGGCAAAGUCUCACGUGUAAAACAGUACCCCCUAUGUACAGGUUUUAUGGCGUUUUGGGAAGUUACAGGGUCAAAUAGAGCACGUUACAUUUGAAAUUGAAAUUAUAGAGACACAUGACAUGACACAUGUGUGACAUGUCAUAAUUCCCUUUUAUUCCAGAAGUUUGGUCCUUAAGGGGUUAAGCAUGCACAAGAAUACAGCAGUAAUGUGUCUCCUGGCAGAUGAAGCACUAGGUCACAGGCUUCCCCCAAACCCUGGCCCUCCAGAUGUUGCUGAAAUACAACUCUCAUGAUUCUAUGAAUGAAAUAGAUAGACUGAGAAUCAUGGUAGUUGUAGUUCAGCAACAUCUGGAGGGCCGGAAUUUGGGUAGGCCUGCACUAGGAGCUGAAGAAGGUCUCUAGAAAGAAUAUGACCAAUGUGAGGGACAGCUUCAGGUAAGUAUAAUUACCUUCCACUGCACGCUAUGGCCAUCGCACACUAAAAUAGGCAAAUACGCCUGAAACUGACAGAUCCACUAUAUUACAGCUUAUUGAGAAGCAUAGGAAUGCUGUGUGCACCAGUGAUUGUGGCUACAGCACAGAGGCUUCUCAAUGACAAACUCCUGAUUGGAGUAUUCUAGAUCGAAGGGAAAGAGGGGAGAAAUUACAAAGGCUGCAGACAGCAGUUCUGCAGCCUUUGAAAAGCUGUUUUUAGGUACACCUCCAAAUAAGAAAAUGCUGAAUUAAAUGCAUGCAUGUUUUCAUUGGGGGAACGUAUCUACUAAAUAGUGAUUUCAUUUUAUUUUUUUCCCAGUGGAGUGCUCCUUUAAAAAAAUAAGUAAUCCUGGUGGCCCUGGAAUAAAAUAUAUCCAGAGUUUAUGAGUGCCAAUUUAGUUUUCAAUUUAUUUGUAGAGAACACAGAGAUAAAUUUUGCACAUUUUGUAUGGAUUAUUGAGGACUUAAAGGGACACUAUAGUCUCCAAAACAACUUUAGCUUAAAGAAGCAGCUUUGGUGUAUAGGUCAUGCCUCUGAAGUUUCACUGCUCAAUUCUCUGCCAUUUAGGAGUUAACCCCUUAACGCCAUUACGGCGUUCUAUGCCGUCCCGCAUUAAAUGGGCUUUAAAGCCGUUGCGGCGGCAUAGAACACCGUAACGGCUUGCAGCCCCAGGAGGUGAAAUUUACUCACCUCCGCCGCGAUCCUCUUCGGCAGGACUGCCUGACAGCCCAGGCAGCCCUCCCCCGGCAAAUCAGGCCCCCAGGGGCCAUGUGAUCGCUCUCAAAAGAGCGAUCACAUGGUCCCCUAUAGCUGGCUGUGGAUCUGUCAGCAGGGAGACUGUCUGAAAUGUCAGACAGUCCCCCUGGUGGGAAGUAUAAAAAAAAUGAUUAAACAUGUUUAAAAUUAAUUACAUGUAUUUAUAUAUAUAUAUAUAUAAUAUAUAUAUAUAUAUAUAUAUAUAUAUAUAUAUAUAUAUUAUAUAUAUAAUAUAUAUACAUCUUAUAUAUAUGUAACGUCAUACGUAGUGUAUUUUAAUGUUAAUAUAAGUACAUAUAUUAGUAUUAAAAUACACUUAGAAUGACGUUACAUAUAUAUAAGAUAUAUAUAUAUUAUAUAUAUAUAAUAUAUAAGAUAUAUAUAUAUUAUAUAUAUAUAAUACAUCUAUAUAUUUUAUAUUUAUAUGUAAACAUAUAAUUAAAAUUUUAAAUAAAUAUAAUAAUAAAAUAAAUAAAUAAAAUAUUUUUUUUAAAAAUUUAAAUAAAUUAUAUAUACAUAUGUAAUUUCAUUCUAACUGUAUUUUGUUAGUAAUAUAUAUAUAUUGGUAACAAAAUACACUUAGAAUGACAUUCUAUAUCUAUAUCUAUAUAUAUAUAUAUAUAUAUAUAUAUAUAAAAUACAAAUAACGGCAAAUAUAUAUAUACAGAUAAAUAUAUAUAAUUACAUAAAUAACUACAUAAGUACACACGUACACUUUAAAUACAUAUAUAUGUAUAUAUAUUAAAAUUAUACGUGUAUAUUUAAGUAAUAUUUUAACACAAUUAUGUGAUUUAAUUAAUUAGAAUUUGAUUGACAUGUCUGACAACCCAGGCAGAAAGUGCAGAGAAUUUGAAUUGCAAGCACUAUAUUUAACCCUGUAACUUUCCAAGACACCAUAAAACCUGUACAUGGGGGGUACUGUUUUACUCGGGAGACUUUUCUGAACACAAAUAUUAGUGUUUCAAAAUGAUAACUUAUAUUACAACAAUGAUAUUUUUAGUAAUAGUGAUGUUAUUUGCAUUUUUCACACACGAAUGGCACUUUACUGACGAUAUUAUUGUUGUAAUAUGUUUUAAACCACUUAUUUUUGUGUUCAGUGAAGUCUCCCAAGUAUAACAGUACCCCCCAUGCGUGGUGGACUAAGGGGGGGGAGGAGGGGGCGGUCCGCCCCGGGUGCCACCUGGUAUGGGGGUGCCUUGACCCUGGUCUUGGGGCUGGAGGGGGCUGUGUGAGCUGUGCCCCAUGGCAGCUGGGGUGACACACAGCUCACAUGGAGACCAGCAUGAUGAACUGGCCGCACAGGAGGAAGGGGCGGAGCUACGGUCAUUUAGGGGCGGUGCCUAACCGUGAGCGGGGGCGGGGCGGUAACACCGCCCUUACAAGCUGCUGUAACUGCUGCACCUCCACCUCCAGCCAGGGAAGGACUUCAGGCCAGGGAAUCCACUCCUCUAGCCCACACUGUCUGUAAGUAUAAGAGUGCGUGUGUGUGACUGUCUGUCUGUAACUGUGUGUGUGUGUGACUGUGUGUCUGUAACUGUGUGUGUGUGUGCGACCGUCAGUCCGUAACCGUGCGUGUGCGGACUGUCUGUCCGUAACUGUGGCGUCGGUGUGACCGUCUGUCUGUAACCGUGCGAGUGCGACCGUCAGUCUGUAACCGUGUGUGCGCUGUAUGCGUGCGAAUCGUCUGUAAACCGUGUGCGUAUGCGUGCGUGACUGUCUGUAACCGUGUGCGUGACCGCCAGUCUGUAACCGUGUGCGCGUGUGUGUGCGGACUGGCAGUCUGAAAUCGUGUAAAAGUGGAGUGGCACUGUCAACGCGGUAAACUGUGCGUAUGUAUGUGCGUGACUGGGCCGGUCUGUAACUGUGUGUGUAUGUAUGUGUGUGACUGUCAGUCUGUAACUGUGUGUGAAUGUAUGUGUGUGACUGUCAGUCUGUAACUGUGUGUGUGUGUGACUGUCUGUCUUGUGUGUGUGUGUGUCUGUCUGUCUUGUGUGUGUCUGUAACUGUGUGUGUGUGUAUAACUGUCUGCCUGUAAAUAUCAGUGUGUGUGUGUGUGUGUGUGUAACUGUCUGCCUGUAACUAUGUGUGUGUGUAACUGUCUGCCUGUAACUGUGUGUGUGUGUGUUUGUGUGACUGUCUGUCUGUAACUGUGUGUGUGUGACUGUCAGUCUGUAACUGUGUGUGUGUAUGUAUGUGUGUGACUGUCAGUCUGUAACUGUGUGUGUGUGUGUGUGACUGUCUGUCGUGUGUGUCUGUCUGUCUUGUGUGUGUCUGUAACUGUGUGUAUAACCGUCUGCCUGUAAAUAUGUGUGUGUGUGUGUGUGUAACUGUCUGCCUGUAACUGUGUGUAUAUGUGUGUAACUGUCUACCUAUAAGUGUGUGUGUGUGACUGCACGCCUGUAACUGUGUGUGUGUGACAGUCUGCCUGUGACUGUGUGAUGCUGCCUGUAACUGUGUGUUACUGGCUGCCUGUGACUUUAUGCGUGACUGCCUGUAACUGACCGUGUGUGAAACUGCCUGUAACUGUGUGUGUUUGUGGCUGUAACUAUGUGUAUGACUGUAUAUGUGACUUUCUGUCUGUAACAGUGUGCGUGACUGUGUGUAACUGUUUGUAACUGACUGUGUUUGUGUGUAACUCUCUACCUGUAACUGUGUGUAUUACUGCCUGUGACUAUAUGUGUGACUGUCUGCAUGUGACUGUGUGCAUGUGACUGUCUGCCUGUAACUGUGUGUGAGGGGGUGCAGGGAUUUUGUAGAGGGGGCAGGGGUUUUAAAAAGUUUACAAAUUUGUUCAAUAAUUUUUUUUUUAAAUCUAACACAUUUUAAAAAUUUAGUAGGUUUUUUUUUUGGAGAAGGGGGGGUGCCAAACCCAGGACCCGCCCCGGGUGCCACAUGCCCCAUGUACAGUUUUUAUGGCAUUUUGGAAUGUUAGAGAGUCAAAUAUAAGGUGGUUCUGUUGUACUUGUGAGACUUUGCUGAAUCCAAAUAUGUGAUUGUUUUGCAGUAAAAGCUAACAGUAUUAUGACAUUUACAGCAAAAAUGUGAGGCGGAACUACAAAUUUACAUUUUUAUUUUAUUUUAUUCAUAAUAAAUUAUGUUUCAUAUAUUAAUAUUUGAUAUGACAUGAAAGCCCUGUUUCUCCUGAACAAAAUGAUAUAUAAUAAGUGUGGGUGCACUUAAUAUGAAAGAGGUGAAUUACGGUUGAACAGACAUAUAGCGCAAAUUCCAGGUUUUGUUUACAUUUUGUUUUGAUCAGAACGUGUACUAUUGACUCCGUCCUGAAGGGGUUAAAUCACUUUUGUGUCUGUUUAUGCAGCCCUAGCCACACCUCUCCUGGCUGUGACUCUCACAGCCUGCAUGAAAAAAAAUGGUUUAAUUAUUAAUCAGAUGUAACUUGCUUUAAAAGUUUUUAUCUCCUGCUCUGUAUAUUGAACUUAAAUCACACACAGGAGGCUCCUGCAAGGUCUAGCAAGCUUUUAGCGGUGCAGAGGAUAAGACAUUUUCAAUUAAACAGAGUUUGCAAUGAAGGAAGUAUAAACAUUAGAAGACUCUUUACAGGAAGUGUUUAGGAAGGUUGUGCAGUCACAUGUACAGAGGUGUGACUAGGGUGCAUAAACAUAGUGUUUUAACUCCUAAAUGGCAGAGAAUUGAGCAGUUAAACUGCAGGGACAUGGUCUAUACACCAAAACUGCUUCAUUAAGCCGAUGUUGUUUUUGUGACUAUGGUGUCCCUUUAAUUUAUUAAAACAUUUUCCCAUUGAUUGCAUCUCUUAGCUUCUAAUACGUUUUAUUACCAUGAGUCAUGAUGCUAACUUUAUUUUUGUGUCUGUUCUGCAUUACCUUGGUCUAGUGGCGCCAGGGAUGGGCAACAUUUCGGUACUCCAGAUGUUGUGGACUGCAUCUCCCCGAAUGCUCUUACUGCUAUAAAGCUUGCAAAGCAUCAUGGGAGGUGUAGUCCAAAACAUCUGAACUGUAGAAUGUUGCCUACGCCUCUAGUCUCUUAACAGUUCAGCCGAUCUUCUUUAAGUCUAGGGUGGCUUUGAAAUGAUAGGGUAGGAUUGGAGGUGUCCAAAGGAGCCGGUGUUGUCUAGAUAUUAGGACAAGGUAGCUGCAUUCUGCCAAAUUUCAGUGGGGCCUGUGCUUCCUAAGCUGACUGUCAGCUUUUCCUGUGAUCAAGGUUAUCAGCUCUAUGCCUGACUGCACUUCAAACUAUUCCUGAUCCAUCAAGGAAACUACUAAAUGCCGGUCCAAGCUAGAUUCUGUCCUAAAGGGUCACACAGGAUCACCUAAAGACGUUAAAGGGCUCUCAGCAGAAAAUUUAAAGGGUUUCUUCUCCAAACCGUAGUGGGAUUUUAUUUUAUAUGGUAUAAGAUAAAUAGCACAUUACACCUAAUCAACCCGUUGUUUUUAUAAUACUUUUAUAUAAAGAUAAUAUAAAAAUUGCUAGCAAAAUAUAGUCGGAAAUAUAUGGACUAUUUUGUCUUAGUUUUUUGCAGAUGGAUUGUCCAUGCGGAUUAAUGCAAUGUUUAGUAAACAGAGCCCUCAACGUCUUAUAUUAUUAUUUUUUUAUAUAGCACCAACAAAUUCCGCUGCGCUGUACAAUUAGUGUACUAACAAAUAUGUCAUUGUAACCAGACGAGUUGGACACACAGAAACAGAGGGGUUAAUGACCCUGCUCAAUGAGUUUACAUGCUAGAGGGAGUGGGGUAAAGCGAUACAAAAGGUAAGGUUAGGGUAGGAAAGUAGGUUGGUAGAAUAGUAUUCAUUGAAGACUUAUAGUUUUUUUUAUGAUUGUUGAAGGAGAGCAAUCAGGUUGUGGGGGAGCUAUUAACAGUUUAAUUGAUACGCUUUCCUGAAGAAGUGAGUUUUCAAUUAACUAAGAACUAAGCUUAACACUGGCCUGUCUGUUUCAAUGUUACAGUGAGUCAAGUGGACGGCAGCAUAGAGAUUUACCAUUUAGAUAACUGUUCACCCCUAGAGGGUCUGUAAGAUUGCAGGAGCUUUUCUGCACAUUCUGGAACAAAAUCGAAUGGGAAAUAUGAAUAUUUUAAUAUUAUUGAACAUAAAAUAUAACAUUUCCAAAAUGUAUGAGAUCACAGUUGCCAAUAAAAAGGCAAUGGGCACAUUUCUCAAAAACAAGGGAUGUUCUGAUAAAAACUUUGUCUACUGCGCUGGGGAGUGGCCUAAGGGUCUAUUUCUGUAGCUAUGAUUUUUACCUCAUCAGGACCAACAAUCAUCAUCAGGACUGUCACAAUAACAAAUCCAACCACUAUUUAUUUUUAUUAUGUAAAUGGAGUGCAGUUAAAAAUUAAGGUUGUUUUUUUUUUUUUUUAACCUUUGCUUUUUUUUUUUUUUUUAGAUUUGUCAGGAAUUCAAAGUAAAUUUAAAAAUAAAGAUCAAAUUUUAGGGUAAAACAGACAAACCGAAAAACAUAGCUAAUUUUUGAAACUUUUUACCAUUAAAAAUUUAAAUUUUUCAUCUCAAUGAAGUGGUCUGGGGGCAGCCGUCCUGUAGUUAAGUCCUGUAAUGUAAACCAUUGCUGUUUUGUACCUAUCGCAAUGUUUACGUUGCAAGGCUAAACCCACCUUUAGUCACCAUCACCUGGAUUUUCAGAUAAACACUUUAUGUAGGACCCUGUCUAAGUCACCCUGUGCCCAUAAUAGGAGCAUUGUGGGUAUUAUGUAUUUAUUGUUAAUUGUUUGUGUGCUCUCCUGUCCUGCUGAUGCUUGGUACCAAUUAGGUGGAUUUUGCUGUGGAGCCUGUACAGCACCACCUGUUGGUGGCAACAGCAAUAUGCACUACCUGAAUAGCAAGGCUUGUUAAUUUGCAUAUUCAGUUAGAUUUGCAUUUUAUGGUUUCUGCAGAAAGGAGAGAUAUUCCAUGUUAGUUAUUGUCUUUCCUACCUCUUUAUUAUAGGUUUAUGUGUUAUUAUGAGUGCCUGUAUGUUUCUUCACAUGAUUUUGUUUUAUGUAUUGAAUUGAAUGUGUCACCGUAAGCUUUAUGGAAUGAUCAUAUGGGCUAGUCUCAAGUAAAAAAUAAACCUUUGGAUAUUGGUUCCUUUUAGAACUAGUGGGUCUGUGUGGAUUUUUAGGGAUCCAAGUAACAGAAUCUUGGACCUGUUGGCUGGCUGCAAGAUUCCUCUAACCCCGGGAUAAAUCAAGAGAUCUAGGCCUGAGAGCAGCAAGUGCUUUUGUAAAGGCAAUAGAAAUCACGUCGCCAGCAUAGGUAGAUAUCUGCCUGGAAGAAGGUCUAUAGUGGAAUAGGCAGAGGGGACGAAAUCUGCCUGGAAGGAGAGGUGCUCCCUCCCCAAUAGCUGGGAAGCAGAUUGGGCGGAGGUACUCUUUCAGAAUACAGGAGCUCUAUCACAGGCUCUCUUACUGUGUGCUUCUGCUACUACAACCGAGUCAGACUCCGCUCUGUGACAUUCAACAUCCUCACGUAUCGCAUGAGAAGCAUUUAAUGAGUCGAGUGUCACUCUUGCCGCACAUGCACUUUUCCUGUGAUAAUCAUUAUGUUGGACGAGAAGACGAUGAGUAGACUCCUGCAUCCAGAUGGCACGGGAGGCCGAAGCGAGUCUUGGUGCUGGAAACAAGGUAAGUAAAACAUUUAUUACCUUUUUUUUUUUUUUUUUUUAACUUAGUAGGGCCCUGAGUAGAACACUAAAACGUUAGUAAUACAAGUUUAUUAUUUAUUUAUUUAUUACUGCCAUUUAUAAAGCACCAACAUAUUCCACAGCGCUGUACAAUUAGGGUAGAACAAUCAAAACAAAAGGUAAAGAUUUCUGUCCAAAGUCAUAUAAUGUAGAAACAUUUGUCAAUCAGAUAUUUUAAUGAGUUUCUUAUUUUCACCUAAAAUAUUCAGUUCCUUUGACAAUUUGUCACAAUUCUUAUUAUAAUGAAUACGCCUUGUUGUGUUGCCAUCUUCACAUUCCUGUCUCAAAUGCUUACAAUUCAUAUGAAUGAUGAUUGUAAGCUAACUCAAACAUACAUUAAAUAUGAUUAAUCAUUGACUUUGAAAUCUCAAACCUGGUUUUUCAGCUUUAAAAUCUGAGUUUAAUGGCUAGCCAUUGUGUGUUGAUCAGAGAAACUUUUGUAUGUAGUGUCUGAAAAGUAAAGAAUGAGAAUCUUUGUUUACACAGACUACUCACCUUAGUUACAAUGUUUUUAAACAGUUCUUGUCAAACGGUAAUUCACAAACAGAUUGAUAUGUAGACAAAUUGGCAGAACGGGAAUUAUAGAAUCCUCAGUACUCAGAAGUAGCCAGCAGAGGGAGACAUUGCUCACUUAAAUGAUAAACUGAGUUCAAUUACUUUACCCACAGAUAAAAGUGGGUACAGUUUACAUAUAUUGUGUCCCAGGAAUUGUCAACCUGACUCUGUGUUCAUGUGUUUAUAUUAUUUUAUAUUCAUUUGCUCUUUAGACCCGCAUUUAGCAAUCUAGAGAAAGUAAUAAAAAAAUAAUAAAUAUAAUAAUUUUCCAUCCCACAGCCUUGAAGUCAGCUAUAUUGAUUUAAACCUUACGAGUUAAUAGGCCUUUUUGGUAGCAGCACUUGCGUUUCUAUAGUAGCAGAGACUAUCCACCAAUCAGCAUUUCUCUAAGUUAAAAUAUGCUUUAGAACUUUUCUAAUUUUACUUUUGUACACAAGCCACUGUGGACGGUCAACUCCAUUCUUCAUGAGCCCUGCGUUCUGAGGGUUUGUGACUCACACUAAUCCUGCUUUUUCUGACCCGACAAGACCAGACAAGUGGUUUGGAUGCAGCCAGUGUGCUAAGCAGAGCCCAUCUUCAGCACGGGAAGGACGAUGAAGUACUUCCAGAUACAAGGCCAAGGGGCCAACUUCUCCCACCAAAAGCAUCUUAGGAGAGCAAUUUUUUACUUUUUGGGACAUUGGACUUGGUCCCACUACAUCAUUUUUAGUGUUGGCAAUAAAGUAAAAAAGUGACCACAUAAAGACAGUGUGUAAUACUGUGUGAUAAUACUCCCAGUAAUGUGUCUGAGUGUAUAACAGAGCCCCACAGCAAUAAUACUCCCAGUAAUGUGUCUGAGUGUAUAACAGAGCUCCACAGCAAUAAUACUCCCAGUAAUGUGUCUGAGUGUAUAACAGAGCUCCACAGCAAUAAUACUCCCAGUAAUGUGUCUGAGUGUAUAACAGAGCUCCACAGCAAUAAUACUCCCAGUAAUGUGUCUGAGUGUAUAACAGAGCUCCACAGCAAUAAUACUCCCAGUAAUGUGUCUGAGUGUAUAACAGAGCUCCACAGCAAUAAUACUCCCAGUAAUGUGUCUGAGUGUAUAACAGAGCUCCACAGCAAUAAUACUCCCAGUAAUGUGUCUGAGUGUAUAACAGAGCUCCACAGCAAUAAUACUCCCAGUAAUGUGUCUGAGUGUAUAACAGAGCUCCACAGCAAUAAUACUCCCAGUAAUGUGUCUGAGUGUAUAACAGAGCCCCACAGCAAUAAUACUCCCAGUAAUGUGUCUGAGUGUAUAACAGAGCUCCACAGCAAUAAUACUCCCAGUAAUGUGUCUGAGUGUAAAACAUAUUCAUAUUUCCCAUUCGAUUUUGUUCCAGAAUUUGCAGAAAGGCUCCUGCAAUCUUACAGACCCUCUAGGGGUGAACAGUUAUCUAAAUGGUAAAUCUCUAUCCUGCCGUCCACCUGACUCACUGUAACAAGACAGAGUUAGGGUUACUUCAGUAUCCAAAAUACACACGACAAAUCUCUACAAAUUCUCACUAUGUACUGCUAAUGCUACCCCCUGUUGCCCCAAGCUGGCUGCCUCAAAUGCAAAAUAGAAAAUAUGAAGGUAGUGCUACAAGACGCAGUGGAGCACACACACGCGCUACAUACAGCUUAAUUUCAAGGACACAGAAUAUAAACAGAUGGUUUUCCCCAUUAUCAAUGCCAAAUGUCCUUCAUUGGCAUUGAUAAAGGGCAACACUGAGAUGGACGGGGCUUAUACGGCUAAUUCAAUCUACCCUACAGGUUUAUGUGAAAAGAGCAGCGCCCUCUGGUGGUUUACCCUCUAGGGGUGAACAGUUAUCUAAAUGGUAAAUCUCUAUCCUGCCGUCCACCUGACUCACUGUAACAAGACAGAGUUAGGGUUACUUCAGUAUCCAAAAUACACACGACAAAUCUCUACAAAUUCUCACUAUGUACUGCUAAUGCUACCCCCUGUUGCCCCAAGCUGGCUGCCUCAAAUGCAAAAUAGAAAAUAUGAAGGCAGUGCUACAAGACGCAGUGGAGCACACACGCGCGCUACAUACAGCUUAAUUUCAAGGACACAGAAUAUAAACAGAUGGUUUUCCCCAUUAUCAAUGCCAAAUGUCCUUCAUUGGCAUUGAUAAGGGGCAACACUGAGAUGGACAGGGCUUAUACGGCUAAUCCAAUCUACCCUACAGGUUUAUGUGAAAAGAGCAGCGCCCUCUGGUGGUUUAACAGUUUUGCAGUGAUUAUGUGCAAACCCAGUAAAAGAGACAUGUAUUGGUAUUGAAUAUUAAAAAGGAAGUAAGGGCUGCGCCAAAGUCCAGUAUCAGUAAAAAAAUAAAUAAGAAUCAGACUGAAUGUAAGUGCAUUGAGUCUAGAUGGAAUGAUCUUUGUUAGAUCAGAUAAAGAAUAAAGUGCUUGGUUGGGAGUAAUAUCCUCACUGUCUUUAUCGGGCAGAUCCACUCAUAUGAACAGACAAAGCAUAAAAGGGACCAAAUAGUGUAAUAAGUUCAAUCCAAUGUAUUCAAUAUGUAGGAGAGAUGGUAAUAGACUCACAUUUGUAAGAGCUAUAGCUAGCUCUAGUUUGAAGGGCGCACAGCAGUACAAUCCCUGCUUAUGGGAUUUGCAGUAAACUUCUUCCGUCAGGGGUAUGUUCAACACUCAGGAGAAGGGUGGAAAGAGACAGCUAAAGGUGCUCCCUGGAUAAAACAAUAGUGAAUAAGAUAAAUAAAAUGGUACUCACAAGCAAAGAGCAGGCUAACUGCUCUCUGAUGAUAGCGUGGGUGGUAUGAUCCCCACCUAGGAUUCUUUGGAGUCCAGGAAAUUAAAAUGCCAGGUAGAAAUAAAAUAAGUAGAAUGUGUAUAAAAAAGAUGAUUGGCACAAAAGAAGUGAACAAUUUUAAAAAAAUUUGUUAAAAUACACAAUUUAAAUUUUCCACAACGCGUUUCGCCUUUCAGGGCUUCUUCUGGAAUCUUUAUUCCAUUUUGAAGACGCCCUGAAAGGCGAAACGCAUUGUGGAUAAUUUGAAUUGAGUGUGUGUGUCAGUGUGUAUGCCAAAUCAGUGUGUGUGUCUGUCAGUGAGUUUGUGUGACUGUCAGUGAAUGUUUGUGUGUCUGUCAGAGUGUGUCAGUGUAUGUGUAUCUGAGAUGUGUGUUUCCGUCAGUGAGUGGGUUUGUCAGUAUGUCUGUCAGUGAAAGUGUGUGUUGGCUAAAUAGUGUGUGUACCAACGACCGUCUGUCUGUCAGUGAGUGUAUGUCAGUGUGUGUAUCAGUGAGGGCGUGUGUCUAUCAGUCUGUCAGUUUGAAGUGUUUUUUUUUUUUUUUUUUAAUAUAAUAUAUUUAUCACCCUAUGAUUUUAUUUUCUCUUUUAUUUUCCACAUGAAUUUUUAUCCCCAUUUAUAAAGCUGCAGGAGUGGUAAAUUUAUAUACUUUUGGCUGGUGUCUGGCGCCCUCUAGUGAACAUUUGGAAUAUUCCAACAUUUGCACUUUUUUUGGUUUUGUACUGUAUGAGAUCUUUUGGGACAACCAAAACUUCAUGAUCACCGUCUCACUGGCAAACACUUGCAUAUAUAUCAAUCUGGGAGCCAUGUGAGCAUCAGAUACAACAGUCCACCAGUAAAUAUACCAGUGGGUCAGGCACAGACCACAGUCAGUACACACACACACACAGUACAGAAAAGGACCUCCUCAAAGCCUUCCUUCUGUCUUACCCCUGCUGAACUGUCCAAACACCCCAACACUCUUCUUACAAUUUCAAUUUCAAGAAUUGUUUGAGGCUACAGCCCACAACCCCCUUGUCGGUACUCUUAUGUCCACAGGUAACUGUCACAUUGAUGAAAGAACAAAUAAGUAGGUUUGGGCACACCCAGUAGUUUCUUCAGCAGGAAGACUUUAUUGUGGAGUACAAAAAUGUAGACAACGUUUUGGCUCCCCUGAGCCUUUGUCAAUUCUUGAUGAAGGCUCAGGGAAGCCGAAACGUUGUCUAAAUUGGAUUUGUCUGGGUUCUUGCACCCUACUGGGAGUACUCCCUGAAAAAGUGUGUGCGCAAGGUCCUCUGAAAAUUCUACAAAAUUGGUAGAAGAGUGAGCCUCCACCAAGGUCCUGCAGAAUGAGUCAUUACCAGUCUACGGAGCGGGGCAACAGGAUCAAAUAAAGAAUAUAAGACCGGUGUAUAGAAGAGGCAGGCCUCCUGGCAGAUUUUCUUAGUAGUCUACUUUUGCAAUAAUAAUGUACUCAAAUCCUGCAUGUUCUGCCUAUCCUAUCUCUUUUAUAGAAAACAAACACAGCAAAAACAAUGAAAUGCAUGUAACAUCAGCGCAACAGUUUGACGAGUUGCCACUAGAGGUCAGUGUGUGCGAGGAAAUCACAAUAGUAGAUUUUGGUUUGUAGCUGCUCUUACAUUGACCUAUACAGCCCAGAGGUAAAAGAGAUUCACAAUAAAAUCAACAUGGGGUACAUACAAUUCCAGGUUACCCAUUGUGUCAUAAAUCAACAAACUUGUGUUCGCUAUUACACCUCAGUGGUAAAGAACGUUAUUAAUUAGUAUUAUUUUUAUAGUACCAACAUAAUUAUAGAAUGGGGAUAUCUCAUAACCAGUAAUUGACAUACCAAAUAUAACCAUACCUCCCAAGUGUCCCUGUUUAGGAGGGACAGUCCCUAUUUUGGUCCCAAAUUCCUCUGGUCCCCUUUUCUGUCCUAAUGUCCCCCAUUUGGUGGUGUGUCUGACACAGAGCUCCACAGUGAUAAUACUCCCAGUAAUGUGUCUGAGUGAAUAACAGAGCUCCACAGCAAUAAUACUCCCAGUAAUGUGCCUGAGUGUAUAACAGAGCUCCACAGCAAUAAUACUCCCAGUAAUGUGUCUGAGUGUAUAACAGAGCUCCACAGCAAUAAUACUCCCAGUAAUGUGUCUGAGUGUAUAACAGAGCUCCACAGCAAUAAUACUCCCAGUAAUGUGUCUGAGUGUAUAACAGAGCUCCACAGCAAUAAUACUCCCAGUAAUGUGUCUGAGUGUAUAACAGAGCUCCACAGCUAUAAUACUCCCAGUAAUGUGUCUGAGUGUAUAACAGAGCUCCACAGCAAUAAUACUCCCAGUAAUGUGUCUGAGUGUAUAACAGAGCUCCACAGCAAUAAUACUCCCAGUAAUGUGUUUGAGUGUAUAACAGAGCUCCACAGCUAUAAUACUCCCAGUAAUGUGUCUGAGUGUAUAACAGAGCUCCACAGCAAUAAUACUCCCAGUAAUGUGUCUGAGUGUAUAACAGAGCUCCACAGAAUAAUAAUCCCAGUAAUGUGUUUGAGUGUAUAACAGAGCUCCACAGCAAUAAUACUCCCAGUAAUGUGUCUGAGUGUAUAACAGAGCUCCACAGCAAUAAUACUCCCAGCAAUGUGUCUGAGUGUAUAACAGAGCUCCGCAGUAAUAAUACUCCCAGUAAUGUGUCUGGGUGUAUAACAGAGCUCCGCAGCAAUAAUACUCCCAGUAAUGUGUCUGAGUGUAUAACAGAGCUCCACAGAAUAAUAAUCCCAGUAAAGGCCCAGAGGAGGCCGGCUGAAAAGCUAGCCGGAUAGGAGGCAUGUGUGGGUGUGGUGAGUGUAGGUGUCACAUGUGGGGGGUGUCACUUAGGAUAGGGGUGGGGUGGGGUCAUAUAAAGGGCAGUCAUUUUGUCCCUUACCUCAGCCAUCUUAGAAUAAACGGCUGGUAACAUCUUCCCUCCUUGCUGCCUGUUACCACUGCUUGUCUCACGGCCAGGGCAUGGACAUUGAAGCCAUCUUGUCUGCCCUCAGGGCUGAGGCCCUUCAAGAUGGGGGACUUCACCUGCAGUCCCAGCUGGCGCGGCUGCAGGGUGCUGCUGGGUCGGCUGUUCCCUCUGUCUCCAGCCCCAGCGUUCAGCGCCGCCGUGCACGCCCCCCUACCCGGUAUAGCCCCUCGCGGGAGGGUCGGGUGAGGGGUAGGAGCAGGAGCCCUGUGGCCGGGCCGCGCGCCAGUUCCCAGGUGGCCGCGGCCGGCGAGGCCUCCCCCACUCCUGGCACUUCCUCCCCGAGCGGGGCUCGGGGAGGCCGGCAGGUGGCCGCGCGGCGGUCUGAUGCGGCCCACGCUGCCUCUCACACACCUCCCCCGCCGGUCUCGCGGGCAUUGAGGAGGGCGGCGGCGAGACCGGCGUUCGGGAGGGCUCCAGCAACCAGAGCUUCCCGGCAUGCGGCUCCCGUGACCCGUGCGUUGCUAACCCACUCCUCCGGUCGGGUGAGUAGGCCGCAGGUCGGCAGGGUCGUUUCCGGGGGAGGAGGGGGGUCUGGGGGCCAUGGGAAGACAUCUGUAUCACUUCACCCCCACAGCAGCUCCCCUCCUGCUCUGCCCUCCUUCCCUGCCUCCCCUGGGCCUGCUCCUGGCACUUCUUAUAAUGCCACCCCACCUACAGUGGGUCCCUCUGGGGUUGGCACUUCCCCUCUUCCCACUGUCUCUGCCCCAUCACUCCACCCCUCCCCCUCACCUGCCCCCCUUGUGUCAGGGAUCCUCCCUGGUACUCCUGGUCCUGCCCUUGGCUCACUGUCUGCCCCAUCUGCGGGCCCUCUCAGGGUGGGGGUCCAUCAUGGUUUACCUGUCCCUCCCCAUCAUCCUGGGCCUGAUCCGGGCACCCUCCUUGACGGGUCCCAUUCCACCCUUCCUGGCCCUACGUCUGUUACUUUACCAUCCGCCUCUCCAGGUACUUUCACGGUGGGUGUGGGAGGGUUGGGUUCCUUUUCACCUUUACUUUCUUCACAGAGUGUCCCUGGUCGGGUGCGUUUCUCUGACGCUGGCGCUGGUGCAGUCCCUUCUGCGGUUACAGCUCCCGUGGUUCCGCCGCAACCUGUGGACCGGGUUAUGGGGUCGCCGCAGCUGCCGUCACAUUCCAUUGCCUCUGGUGAGUACGCUGGUUUAUCGGGGGAUGCCUUAAGGGGUAUUGGUGCAGGGGUCCUACCUCAAUGGGACGCUUUAAUACAAACCAUGAGACAAGUUUUACAGUCUCUGGAGCAGGGUCAUCGUCCUGGACUGCAGCCCCCUUUAGCCCUUGACGAUCAGCUGCGGUCAGGGUGGGCGGCUGCUGGUGGUUCUGACCUUUCAGGGGUUGUAGCAUUGCCCUCUGCUGCCCCCGCAGGGCCCAGUGGCCCUGUGGUGCCAGUUCCUCCAGUGGCGGAACUUGAACCAUCCAAAGGAUCCUCGGAUGACGCCGCGGCAUCUUCGGGGUCAGGGGUAGCCCCCGCUGCGCAUGGGGCGGCUUACAUGUGCUGGUCAGGCCCUCUAGGUCUCCAUUUGACUCCGGAAUUGCGCACCAAGAUAGAGAAAGGGGAAUUCGUUGAAAUAUUUUCCUUACUCCCUAUGGAGGAUCUGCCUCGUGUUGAUCCUGCGGCAAAAGACUCCGAAAAGGAGAAGGAGAAGUUUAGGUAUCGGAAGAUACCAAAAACUUUUGGUAAUUGGAUCAGGGCUUUUUCUAUCCUGGCGAGUGUGAUAGGCGAGAAGUCCCCCAAUAAAUGCUCAUCCCUCUUUUGCUAUCAGGAUACGAUAUGGAACGCGUGCCGGACCUAUGGCGGAUUAGGCUGGUGGCGCUAUGAUGAGCAGUUUCGCCAGCGCAUAGCGGUCCGCCCAUCGUUGAGUUGGGACCAGAUGGACAUCGGCUUGUGGUUGGCCAUCAUGACCCGCCCGGCAUCGCAUCAAGGGGGCCUCUCGUCCUUUCUCGGGGGGGCCGGCGCAGGGUCUGCGACCACUGCGUCGGCCAAUCAGCGUCGAACGGGCUGCUGCUGGCAGUAUAACGACGGGCAAUGUAAAUUCGGCACGGGUUGUCGUUUCAAGCACGAGUGCUCUGGGUGCGGCGGAUCGCACCCCGCCUCCAAAUGCUUUAAGCGGGGCAGGACUGGCGACAAGGGUGACGCCAUGGGCUCUAAGGGCGAGGACGCCAGUGGACGUCGGCGCGAUGCAACCGUGGUUAAAACGUUAUAGAAAUAAAAAGGCGGCUGCCUUACUCCUGGAAGGUUUUUCGUUUGGUUUUUGGAUUCCCCAUCAACAUCGUCCGGCGUCAAAGGUAUGCCGGAAUUUGCGUUCGGUCUAUGACCACCCUGGGGUGGUCAGGGACAAGUUGGCUAAAGAAGUGGCUUUGGGGCGUAUGGCAGGCCCUUUUCGGGAAUCUCCUCUCCCUGAUCUCCGGGUGUCGCCAUUAGGCGUCGUACCCAAGAGAGAACAGGGAAAAUUUCGGCUCAUUCAUCACUUAUCGCACCCCCAAGGGGGUUCUGUAAAUGAUGACAUUGCAUCAGAAUUAUGCCGUGUUUCUUACGCCUCAUUUGAUGCUGCGGUUUGUAUGGUCAGGGAUGCCGGAUCGGGGGCACUCAUGGCAAAAGCAGACAUCGAGUCUGCUUUUCGUCUUUUGCCGGUUCACCCGGGGUGUCAUCACCUCUUAGGUUGCUAUUUUGAGGGGCAUUACUAUGUGGACAUGUGCCUCCCGAUGGGCUGUGCGAUAUCCUGCUUUUACUUUGAAUGUUUUAGUUCCUUUCUUGAAUGGGUGGUGAGAAUGGAGUCUGGUCACAACUCCCUCCUUCAUUACCUAGACGAUUUUUUGUGUGUUGGUCCCGCGCACUCCUCAAUCUGCGCACAUAUUUUGCAGUCAUUGGCGGAUGUGGCCUCUGGGUUUGGUGUGCCUCUGGCGCCCGACAAGACAGUUGGCCCUUCCACGUGCCUGUGUUUCCUGGGAAUUGAGAUUGAUUCAGUUAUCGGGGAAUGUCGGCUCCCAGUGGACAAACUGGUGGACUUACGGGGGUCUGUGCGGGAAGCGGGCUCCUUGCGAAAGAUCACUCUUCGACGCCUUCAAUCCCUCUUAGGCAAGCUGAACUUUGCCUGUCGGAUCAUGCCUAUGGGCAGAGUAUUCAACAGGCGCCUGGCGGCUGCCACGGCUGGAAUUUCGAAGCCCUUACAUUUCAUCCGCUUAACCAAGGCGCUCAGGGAUGAUCUGGUAGUCUGGGCUGUUUUCCUUGAAACUUACAAUGGAAGGUCUUAUUGGCAGCAGCCUGAGGUUUCGAAUGCCGCGCUUCACUUGUUUACAGACGCUGCGGGUUCCUCUGGCUUUGGGGCAAUCCUGGGGCCUCAUUGGUGCGCAGAGCCGUGGCCUGUAUCGUGGGUCGAUUCAGGCCUUACCAAGAACUUGGCGUUCUUGGAGCUCUUCCCCAUCUUGGUGGCUGUUCACUUAUGGGGGAUGGAGCUCAAAGACAGGCGCGUCGUCUUCCACUGUGAUAACCUGGGUGUGGUUCAGGCCAUCAAUAACUUGACGGCCUCUUCCCCUCCGGUGGUUAGGCUAUUGCGUCAAUUGGUUUUGCGAUGCUUGUCUCUGAACAUAACGUGCCGUGCUGUGCAUAUUCCUGGGGUCAUGAAUACCACGGCUGACUCUCUUUCUCGCUUUCAAUGGCAGGUGUUUCGGAAAGCCGCUCCGGGAGCAGACUUGGAAGGCCUCCCCUGUCCCGGAGAACUAUGGUCCCUUGGCCUGAGCGGAUAAGGGAAUGGAUACGGUCCUCGGUGUCUGAGGCCACUUGGGUCCGGUAUGGUAAGGCUUGGGGGGAAUGGGUUGCUCUUGAGCAGGAUCAUGGAGGCUACGCUUCCCCGGCGGAACGAGUUCAAGGUUUGUUACAUUUGCUUUGGUUCUGGGAGGCUUGCGGGUGUUCGCCGGCUACUGUUUCUGGGAAGCUUUCCGGUCUUAGUUUCUGGUUUAACUUAACUCGGGUGCCGGAUGUCACUAAGGAUUUCUUGGUUAAACUUGCGAUGCGUGGUUGGCGUAGGGGCCCUCGUGGGCAGGAUUCUCGUAGGCCGGUUUCAGGGGCAUUGCUGCUAGGAAUUGCCUCAGUGCUUCCGCAGAUAUGUUAUUCUGCUUAUGAAGCCAGUUUAUUUCGGUUGGCCUUUAUUUUUGCCUUUUUUGGGGCCCUCCGGAUUGGGGAACUAAUCAGCCCUAGCAGGGGGAUUCCGGGGGGUUUGUUAUUUCACGAUGUGUUCCUCUUGGAUGGUGCGGUGCGUUUCUUGAUACGACGGUCUAAAACUGACGUUGUUGGAAAGGGUCGCUGGGUUACCCUUCGCACCAUCCCUAAUUCGUCUGUUUGCCCAGCCUCUGCGUUUCAGUCCUACUGCUCCAUACGCCCGAGUCUUGCGGGUCCGUUGUUAAUGCACGAGGAUGGUACUUACCUGUCUCGUUUUCAAUUCCUCCGGGUAUUUCGCUUGGCACUCGAUAUGCUGGGAAUCCCGAGUGGUGAAUUUGGGGGUCAUUCCUUCCGGAUUGGGGCAGCUACUGAAGCUUCUCGGUUGGGUUUCUCUGAUCAAGUGAUUCAGAGGAUUGGGAGAUGGGAAUCUGGGAGGUUUCGUUCUUAUAUCCGGCCCACGCGUCUGAUGGGUGCCCCCCUUGUGUUUUCUCCGCAGGGCCCGGCCGACGGAUCUGGCUGAUUGGGCAUUCGUAUAUCUACUGGGCCCACCUGCGGGCAGGGGUACGCCCGGGUGGGACGCGACUUGGAAUUCCCCGGGAGCUGGCUGAGGUCCGAUGGUUCGGUUUUCGGGGCAUGCGCUGGGGCCAGCUCUUGCCGGAGGUUUUACAGUUAGCCACAUUGUUGGGGGCCCCUGAUGUAUUGGUGAUACACCUGGGGGGAAACGAUCUUGGGGCGCUGCCUGCUUGGGGGCUUAGUGAGCUCAUUAGAAGGGAUUUGGCGCGCUUGCUAGUCCUUUUCCCACAGCUUUGCUUAGUCUGGUCAGGUAUAGUAUCUAGGAACUAUUGGCGCCGCGCGAGGGAUCAGGGGGCGAUUGAGCGCUGCAGGGUUAAAAUCAACAAGAGGGUGUCCAAAUUUGUACUCGGGGUUGGGGGUGUCACAGUGCGACACCGGAUAUUUGAAAAGGAAGCGGCGAUCUAUUUUCGCCCAGAUGGGGUUCAUCUCACGGAUGUGGGUUUAGAUUUAUUUAAUCUGGCGCUGCAGGACGCGUUAGAGCAGGCCAUGGCGUUGGUGGGGAGUCGCGCCAGCUGAUUUAGGCUUAAAUGCAGCAGGCGCUAGUGGCGGGUAUGGUCCUUGCCAAACCAGUUGGAAAACGAGUACACUGGAAGAAGGAAUGCUGGGUCUGGUCCCUCCCCUAACCUCGGAGAGUUGUGGUAAUUGGGCGUGCCCCCCGUGCCAGUAAAAGGCGGCCAGGGGUUGGCAUGGGGUAUUGGAAGGCCAAGGUAAAAGGCCUGUUAUCUUGGACGAGGGGGGAGGGCAGGUACCCUGGAAGGGGGUACUCUAGAGUUAUUAUGGGUCGGUUGGCAAGGACAAGUUCUCGAGUAAAUUAUUGGUUGAUUUAUUUAUGCUUGUUAUUAUAAAUAAAGCUGUGGCCUGUUUUAUACCACACUUAUGUCUCUUGGUUUUAAUUGGGGGGAAAUCGGGAAAAUGUAAUUAUGAUUGCAUUGGUUCGCACCGCACAGUAACCACUACCUACACACAUGUGUCUGAGUGAAUAACAGAACUCCACAGUAAUAAUGCUCCCAGUAAUGUGUCUGAGUGUAUAACAGAGCUCCACAGCAAUAAUACUCCCAGUAAUGUGUAUGAGUGUAUAACAGAGCUCCACAGCAAUAAUACUCCCAGUAAUGUGUAUGAGUGUAUAACAGAGCUCCACAGCAAUAAUACUCCCAGUAAUGUGUCUGAGUGUAUAACAGAGCUCCACAGCAAUAAUACUCCCAGUAAUGUGUCUGAGUGUAUAACAGAGCUCCACAGUAAUAAUACUCCCAGUAAUGUGUCUGAGUGUAUAACAGAGCUCCACAGCAAUAAUACUCCCAGUAAUGUGUCUGAGUGUAUAACAGAGCUCCACAGCAAUACAUACUCCCAGUAAUGUGUCUGAGUGUAUAACAGAGCUCCACAGCAAUAAUACUCCCAGUAAUGUGUCUGAGUGUAUAACAGAGCUCCACAGCAAUAAUACUCCCAGUAAUGUGUCUGAGUGUAUAACAGAGCUCCACAGCAAUAAUACUCCCAGUAAUGUGUCUGAGUGUAUAACAGAGCUCCACAGUAAUACUACCCCCAGUAAUGUGUCUGAGUGUAUAACAGAGCUCCACAGUAAUACUACCCCCAGUAAUGUGUCUGAGUGUAUAACAGAGCUCCACAGCAAUAAUACUCCCAGUAAUGUGUCUGAGUGUAUAACAGAGCUCCACAGCAAUAAUACUCCCAGUAAUGUGUCUGAGUGUAUAACAGAGCUCCACAGCAAUAAUACUCCCAGUAAUGUGUCUGAGUGUAUAACAGAGCUCCACAGCAAUAAUACUCCCAGUAAUGUGUCUGAGUGUAUAACAGAGCUCCACAGCAAUAAUACUCCCAGUAAUGUGUCUGAGUGUAUAACAGAGCUCCACAGCAAUAAUACUCCCAGUAAUGUGUCUGAGUGUAUAACAGAGCUCCACAGCAAUAAUACUCCCAGUAAUGUGUCUGAGUGUAUAACAGAGCUCCAUGGCAAUAAUACUCCCAGUAAUGUGUCUGAGUGUAUAACAGAGCUCCACAGCAAUAAUACUCCCAGUAAUGUGUCUGAGUGUAUAACAGAGCUCCACAGCAAUAAUACUCCAGGUAAUGUCUGAGUGUAUAACAGAACUCCACAGAAUAAUAAUCCCAGUAAUGUGUCUGAGUGAAUAACAGAACUCCACAGUAAUAAUGCUCCCAGUAAUGUGUCUGAGUGUAUAACAGAGCUCCACAGCAAUAAUACUCCCAGUAAUGUGUCUGAGUGUAUAACAGAGCUCCACAGCAAUAAUACUCCCAGUAAUGUGUCUGAGUGUAUAACAGAGCUCCACAGCAAUAAUACUCCCAGUAAUGUGUCUUUAAACUGCAAUAAAUGUGUUUAGAAAUCAGUCUAUGAUACAUUGAUUGUUCUUGUUCUAAAUUUAAUUUUAGUUGUAUAAACUGUUAUAUAGAGACUUAUAUUGGUAAGUCUCAGAACACCCCACCCCCCCUCCCCCACUCACACCCCUAAAAUUAAAGGAUCCCCCUCUGUCCAUUUUAAAUAUCAGGAGGUAUGUUUUAAAAGUAUUAAAGGGACACUAUAGUCACCUGAACAACUACAGCUUAAUGUAGUUGUUCAGGUGAGAUCUAUAGCUCCCUGCAGGCAAUCUAAUGUAAUUUGAUUUAUAGGAAUACCUCCAGUGGCCGUCACUCAGAUGGCCACCAGAGGGACUUCCUAUCAUGUAGGGCACUAAAAAGGCAUUAUACACGUCAGACAUAUUAAAAUACACCUGACGUGUGCAGGAGAGAGAAGGCACUGUGUGCGCGCCUUCUCUCCCCUGCCUGUCAGCAGAGGAGAGGGGGUGGGCAAAGACCGCGAGCUGAGCUGUCAGUCAGCUUGCGGCCGCGCGCAUGCGCUGUAGUGCACUCAGGACUUGAGGACAUGAAUGCCGCCCUAUGAAGUAUGGGCUCAUGUACGGCGAAGCCGCGCAUGCGCACAAGGGAGGAAUGACGGUUCCAAAUGGAAGUGUCUGAUUGCUCCCUGCUUGCGCCCGCCUAUUUCGUCAUUUUGACGAAAUGGGGGCGCGGCUUCACGAGGCUCCCGACGCUGGAACUAGGUGAGUAAAAUCCUUUGCUUUGAGAGUCCCUUUAACAGAAGACAAGAGGUGAAGAAGACCCUGGAAUCUAUGAGGAAAGGGUAAAGACACACAAGAGGAAACAGCAUGUCAGGGGAGGAGGGAUUAAUGGAUAAAAUGCCAGUUUGUAAAGUGGUGUGUGAUAGUUACAUACUCUGUAGUUCUUUUAACAUUUCAAUAUGCAGCUUGUCAUGCAGUGUCAUGUCCGCAUCCACGGUUUUUUUUUUUCCCCCGCCCGACUGCAAUACAUUUAAUUUUCCCCCUAGUCACCUCCAAAUACCCCUAGGAUUCCCAUUUUACCUUUUCUAAAAUCUUUAUUUCAUGCCCGUAUCUAGGUCCUGGGCGCCACCAUCUUUGUUUGGGCAGAUGAAGGCCUCGUAGGACACAUCGUCUGCCCACACUAGAUAGCACUGUGAAAUUCCCACGCAUGCCCAGUUAAACACUUGAGUAUUGGCUAUCGUUCGAAAUUCGGAUGGGAAUUUCAGCUAUUCAUUCGUCAGAAAUACAAAUAAAUGACCAAACCAAGAUUGAAUGCUGGUAUUUGUUCAUUUAGUUUAUUACAUGGAGGGAGCUACUGACUCACAGAUCCCUCCUUGUAAUAUGUGAAAAUAGAAGAGCCGUCACUUUCUACCCCCCCUCAUGCCCCCUAUCAUUCUAUGAGGGUCAAUAUGACCCCCACAUUAGCAUAAGGUAGAUUAAAAUCUCACAAAUGCCCCUACUCACUAUGCCUCGAGUAGGGGCAUGUCUACUAAACAGUGAGCAGCAAGUGGCUGCUCACUGUUAAAAAAUCCCCCCACCCCAAAUCCACUAAAGGGGGACCUAGAACAGGUCCCCCAGACCCCCAUGGUUGGGCAUCUAUCUAUUAAGAUAAUUAACUGGGGAGGACAUAGUGUGCUCCCUCAGCUCCCACCUGUGCCCCGUGUGUUGGGGGCUCUCCAACUAAAUGAGAACUAGGGUCCCCCCAGGUCAUCACCCAUGAGCGUCGGGUGGGUCCCUCAUUUGUCACUGAGGGUCCCUCAUGAGCAGCGGGUGUGGGCCCUCAGUGACAAAAGGGGAAAUUAACCUAUUGUCUCCCCGUUUGUCACUGAGGGCCCCACCUGCCGCUCAUGGGUGGGGGCUGGGGCGAAGACAAUAGGUCCCCCCCCUUUGUCAAUGAGGGACCCACCCGACGCUCAUGGGUGAGGGCUGGAGCGGGACACUAUGUCCCCCAUGUUAAUUAUUUGAAUAGAGGCCCUACCAGGUGGCACUUUAUUAGAGUGAGGGAAUCUUUCUUUCCUUUCCAACAGUGAGCAGCCACAGGCUGGUGUGCGUGUUAUGGGUGUGUAACCUAACCAGUUAGUUUGUAUUCCUAAUGCUAUAGUGUUCCUUAAAAUUUCUCCCGUGUGGCUUUCAUCAGCUCUACUGUCCUGCUAACAACAUUAUAGAGCAAGAGCUCGGCCCACUGGCAGUAUUAGGAAAAAAAAAAAAGUAAUAACAUUUAAAAAAAAAAAAAAAAUGGGGGGGGCAGGGUGGGGGGUGGAGCCAAGAUGCAUUAAAGAGACACAGACAAGUAUCUGGAGCUGCCUCUAUAGUUAUGUGUUGAUUGAUCGCACCAUUUGAUAUUCUUUGCAAAGACCUGCAGGCUAUUGCUCCAUUCUAUAUACUGCAGUCUGCAGAGCAGAUCUUUGCUGUUUAGACUUUGCCUUUUCAGAGCACUAAUCUUGCUAGUGACUAGUUCAGAGCUCUACUGCUUUAAACUCGAACGCUGGUAUGUAACGCGGUCCAGUGUAUUAAUCUGUACAUGGGGUUAAUCAUGCCUCCACACCCUCCCAUCCCCAUUUCUUGGUGCAGCGUAGAGCCCCUAGCUGGUUGUCCUGCAGUUUGGGGUCUCCCAGGAGACGCUCCCUGCAGGGGGGCUUUUCAUGGCGACUUAAGGAAGCUCUUUAUUUUCACUGUCCUCAUGAAAAUAGCCUAAAUCAAUCUGCUACAGCAGAGGUCGGGAGAGGCUGUAGGACAUCAUUGAGCAAGAUAAAUGUGUGUGAUUCUGAGAUUCGGAAAGGUCACUUUAAUGUAAACACAAUACAUUAAAACAUAAAACAUAAAACAGCAUACACUAGGUGCUAACUGUCAAAAGAAAUGUACUCUAGUGCCACAAAUGAUAUAAAACAAACAGUAAAUGAAAAACAACAUAUUAAAUAAACAUUAUGCACUAACAACACAUUAUAUAACUAGUAUAAACUCUACAUUCUACAAGUCAUAUUAAAUAAGCGUUUACUCCACAAAUGAUCUAAAACAAACACAAUGUACUAAUAUGAUAUAUUGUAAUAAACAUGCCAAACAAAUUUUGAUAUUACAAAAUAUAAAAAUCAGAAUACGCCAGAAACACACAACGUCAUGAAACAAAUUGUACAACGCAUGGAUUCUGCUUAUUGCACAAUACACUGGGGGAGAUUUAUCAAAUGUCCUGUGUAUGUUUUAUAAAUUUGUGCAAAAUGUAAAAGAGUCACUUAUGGAACCACCUGCGCUACACUUCUGCAUGCUUUUUGACUUGCCAACAUUGAGUUACAUUUACGUUCUUUUGCAACGCCUUAUGCUUGUGACUUGACUGAUGCUUUUCGCUCAGCUUUUAUAGGGACCCAAAUGAUGGUAACGUUAGAGAGUUACUCAAACCACCAGGACCACUUCAGUGAUUCGAAGUGGUCAUGGUGGUAGGAGCCUGGAAGUGCAGUGUUUCUGCUUGAAACACUACACAUUUAGAGAUUUUUGCAAUUGUGUGCCACUGGGCUAGUUACACCCCAUCACACGUGACUUUUGGCGGCCCAGAAAUCCCAGUUCCGGACUGCAUAACAUAAAUUCUGGGCAUAUUUUAUGUCUAUCGCCGUGAUCACAGCAGGGGGGAAGAUCGCUUUUUUUAAAAAUUAAGAUUUCCUUCCACCUCACUCUUCACCACCACCCUAAACCAGUUCAGAGCGCACAAUUGCACUCUGAGCUGGUGAAACGUCCUCCUAAUCAGCUUCUCUAUUUCAAGGGGGAGUACCUAUUAGCAAUGCCCAAUAGAGCACUGUAAGUCUAAAAUGGCGAAUUGUGGCAAAGAGUUAGAGUAGCCCUUUAAUUAUAUUCUUUUGUCCACCCUGUACGAAAAUGUAAGCACACCUGUCCUUGGCCUUUAUAUACUAAUGUCAUUAGGAAUGUGGUGUCAUUUCGUGGUUUCUACUUUCUACUAUAAUUAAUGGGUUUCCAGGGUACCAAUAAAUCUUUGCCUUGUCGCUUGCAAGUCUGGACCUCGGCUUUCUCAAACCACCAGAACCACUGUUGUCUAGUUAUUGGUAUUUACAUAUUCGCAGGCAUUGCAUUAUUCCCAGGUUUAUUUAUUUAUAAAUUAUUUUAUCAGGAAGAAUACAUUGAGAUUUAUCUUGUUUUCAAUAUGGUACAAUUGUUCACAGGAGCGUUCUUUAUAGAGGUAUAGUGACAGAGAACUCUUAAAGGAUUUUAGAAUGGUAGAUGGUUGUCCGCAAAGUUAUUCCAGAAUUGUGGUGCUAUGGAGGAGAAUAGGAAUCAGACCACUUUCUUUUUGUGUUGUCUGAGGAUUAGUAAUAUGUCACAGAUGGUUUAAUAUAUACAAAAAUAAAGUAAGAUUCUCACAUCCAUCCCCGAGUCAAUAUUCCUUUCCCAAUUCUUCAAGAUUUUGUGAUACUGCCCAUAUUUCAGACCCCUAUCCCAACAUCAUGAGUUUUUCUCCACUGUCCAAACUCAGAAUUUUGAAUGCUUAAUGAAAGGGGGCGGAUGGGUCCAAAGAAGAGACAGAUUAGCCUCAUGGAAAUGCAUGCCAGGCUAACUGCCAAUCAUGUAGGCAGACCAUUCAGGGACUACGGUUUCAGUGCCCACUUUAUGGUCCGGAUGAGGUCAUUAGAUGCGCUUCCACUACAGUUUCUGGGGACAGUUCCCUGAUUUCGUCAAAAGCGCAAACAUGGUUAGGGCGUCGGGACAUGAGGACUAUAAAAUACAGUUGUCCCACCAAAAUUGGGACAGUUGUAACGCCUGGUGUGAGUCGCAUAUAAGGGCUCCCCGGUUGCAUCACCUGCUACCUCUUCCUGUACCUUGCUCAUAAUCUCCAGUGCUGGGAGGAAUUCAAACAGACAGAGACAGCGAAACACACAGUCAUAGCCAAACAGCUGCACAAAUACUUGUAGGCACUCACAAAAACAUAGGGUCACAAAAACAUAGUAACAAAUACACACAGUAACACACAGAAAUACCAGAUGUGCACUAGGCACACAGAAACAUACGGAUACAGUCCAACACAGACAUGAAACUACGGGUAGAAACACAUACAGAUACAGACAGUCAGACACAGACAAAGGUGUGAACAUACAGACAGGAACACGCACAUAUGGCAGAGACAGUCACACUGGCCUCUGACUCACUAUAAACUAAUGGCAUUAGCCAACCACUUAUAGUUAACAAGUUUGCCACCUCAGUGCCAUGUGGCUGUUGGGCUACGGCAUUGGCUGUUGGCCAAUCUAUUGGUGAAUGAGUGGGUGUUUGGUGACUCACCUGAUUCUCUCCCCACACGAUGCCAUUCCAGAUCUUCAGAGAGUAACCAGCACCCGUCUUCUGGUGAGCAUCAUCGCCCUCAAUAUUUACCGGCUGCAAAGGCAGAGGGUACAAAGCUAAACCUAACCUAGACUAAGGGGCAUCCACCUCAUGCCCCUUAAAUGCCUUAUUAAAAUAAUCAAUCAGAAUGUAUUUGCAAUCUAAAGAAUAACAAAUCCUUCUGAUGUGUGUACAGCGCAGAAAGAAACACUGCGCAUCAAGAACUGACACUCUGCCCACUGCACAGCAACUGUCUGCCUCUGUCUCUCCCGGGAACACUGCUAGAAUCACGGUAUGGAAUACGGAAUCACUACAGUUCAGAAAGCACAGAGUCACACAAUGUCAAGGCUGCCCCUUCAAAGCUCUAGUCGAUGUGUUAGAAACAUUCCCCGCCUUCAGUUUUAAUUUACACCCUCCCAACUCCCUAAUGAGCGACUUGAUUGGUCAAGUUUAGGUAACAAAAACAUUUAUUGGCUGUUCCCUAACAUCAUCAUGGCUAUACUGUAUCAGGGUACGUUGGGAAAACAAAUGGUCAUACCCCCUUGUAAUCACUGCCAAUGAAGGAGCUAAUUAGCCAAGAGAAAAUCCACUCCCUCCUCCUGUCCUACCCCUUUUACAGCCAGAAAGGUAUUGAACAAGUUAAAGGGACACUAUAGGCACCCAGGAUGCAUCUGGAUGCAUAUUCCCAGGUCCCUGGAAAGGUAAUUAUUGCAGAUUUUAAGAAACGGCAAUAAUUAGCUUUGUGGGGUUACUCUACCUCUGGUAGCUAUGUACCAGACAGCCACAAGAGGGGCUUCCAUGUCAUUAGGCGACUUUUGGUAGGCAAACUGGACAUCCUCACGCUAUGCAUAAGGACAUCUAGCGUCACCGAAAUCUCCAUAGUAAAGCAUUGUAUAAUGCUUUCCUAUGGGGAAGUCCAUAGGCAGCAAUUGUCGCGCAUGCGCAUUAGGUCACCACCACGCCGACGUCAGGAGUGGAGGUGGACCCGAUGAAGUGCCGAGGGUCAUCGGCGCUGGACCAAGGUAAGUCACAGAAGGUUUUUUUUUUUUUUAACCCAUACUGCACCACGGGGACGGAGGGGGGCACUAUAGGGAACUAUAGUGCCAGGAAAACAAGUUUGGUACGCCGUUUCCUUCAUUCCGUGCAAAGUCCAUAAAAUAUCUGUGCCUUAACUAUGAGAAAUCGGUUUCUGCACAUAUUCUCCAUGACAUUUGCUUGAAAAAAGAGUGGAUUUUGCUCACAGCAAUUAUCUAACUUAAUCUAAUGUCAUCUAUGAUAUAGGUGAUGGUUUCUGACCUACAGGAAAACGUCAGGAAAACCCCCAGUUAUAGAUAGUUACAACAGCUCUGAGUAGUAGAAUAUUUAAGGCCAAAAUUUACAAAAUGUAAACAUUUCUCCAAGUUGGCUAUACUUAUAAUUUGGCUACUUUGGGUUUGAAUUUGGAAUGUACUUUUAAUCCCUGACAAUUCUCACUUUAGUGUAUAACAACGUGAGACUCCAGAAAGACAUAGAUAUAGACCGUCACACUGAUACAUCCACAAAUCGCUUUGUACCGGAGUAUCAGGACACUAUUGUUCCUUAAUAAUCAAAUAUAUUCUAUUUGGAAUCUCACAAGAGCAAGUAAAAUACGCCAGUACAAAGCCAUACAUUGUGCAAUAUCGUUUUAAUAUUGAUAUUAAUUAUAUAAAACAAUAUAUUCCAUACGAAAUAUAUAUAUAUAACAAUAUGAACUGUACAUAAUUCACGUAUCUAUAUAUUUAAAUAAAGAGGAUGAAACGAUUAAUGUGGGUAGCGUAACAGCAAUAAGAAGAUGAGAAUGAGGGAGGGAUGCAGAGAGACAGAGGCUGUGUGGGAAGAUGUCUUAAGAAAGAGUGUCAGGGGGUGGUUUGAUUGACAGCUCCAAGAGAGGAGGACUUUCAUACCUUAUCCUACGGCUCAGGGAUUGGUUGACUCAUGGCAUCCAGAUUCCCUACUCUGUCCAUGAUCAGAAGGCAGGCUAUAUAAUGCCUCAAUAACCCCUGCCCACAAAAUUAGAAAUCUAGCAAAAGGAUAGUUUCUCAUGGGAUGCUCUUCAAAUCCCCGACAAGGUCUCCUCAUUCCCCCAACACCUGCAGCACUCAAAAGAUACCCCUCUUGCCCCCAUGGACAGACUCCGUGUUUUGCGAUUCCUUUGGUUCUUCUCUGCUGCCCCUGUCUUGGCUGGUUACCCCAUUUGGUGGUAAGAGAUACGUACCUAUCUCCUUAUUUCCCUCACCCCUACUUUCCAUAUCUUACCCUCCAGAAGAAGAGCCUAAAAUAAAUUGUCCCCCUCUUUAUUCCUUUCUACAGGGGUUCUCCUACUUAAUCGACAGUUCUCCAUCCUAUCUGCACAACAUCAAAUUGCAUGUGAUUCUUUUACAUUUAGCUUUUAGCUCUGAGUUUAUCUCGAUCACUUUUUUAAUUAAUGCUCUACUUUAGACCUCUUUUGAUUAGUGUCCUGUAGAGAGAUCCAACUGACAGGAACAUUCACUAAACUCCAAAUUUUUGUGAAUUUAAAUUUAAAUGGCAAAACGUAGGCCAAAAUAGCUCAUUUGUAAAAAUUCUUCAAAUUCCCUAUAGUGACUAGUUUAGCCUCAAUUUUUCUGUUUGAAUUUCACUGUGUUACAAUUCAAAGUUUGGUGAAAGAAUAGUCAGUGUUUUGAAAAAUUGUUGUAGGGAAUUCAUUUUACUUUGGAUCAUACUUUAAUGGGUUAAAUAUUAUCUAUCGCUAUAAUAUUUGAAGUUAAAAAAAUCCAUAGACUAGUGUACUAUUGCACCAUUAUCAUUUAACUUGUUACAGUUAAGUUUAGUUAGUUAUUGUAAGAGGUGAAAAAAUAUAAAAUGUAUACACAUGUAUAACUUUUUGAGAUGAUUAAAUUUCUUUUAAUUUAAAUCUCGGUUAAUUCUACUCUUCCCAAAAGAAAGCUUCAGGCUAUUCUCUACGUAACAUUAUUUAAUUGUGUUUUUUAUCCUAAAUCAGGUUUUCAGGUUUUUUAAGCCUUUUCAGUAGCACAUUUUAAUCCCUUUAAUAUCUUGCUUUUAUUUGUUGUCAGAAAAUGCUUUCAGUUUGUAAACAAACAUUUUAUAUUACGUAUAUAUAUAUAUAUAUAUUAUGUGUUUAUGAAAUACUUUGAACAACGUUUUGAAUGUGGAAAAGAAAAAAAAAAGAUUAGAGAUUUUAUUAAAUGCCUCAUUUCCUAAAUUUAUCUGAUUUAGUAAAUGAUCGCAACAGGUCUUUGAAAAAUAUCAAAAUUAAACUUGUUUAUAAGCGUAUAUAUUUAUUAAAUAAAAAGUUAGAUUGCUAAAAUACAGCCAAAUAUAACCGAAGGCAAUUUUGUGUGUAAAAUAUUGUCUUAUCAGACUCAAAAUAUAUUUGAAAUUAUAAUAUGCAAUAUUGUACAUUUUGUGGUUUGUAUAUAAUAUUGUAAGAUCGUUUUUUCAUUUAGAUUGUAAAUGUAUUUCUUACCAAAACCAGCCUGAAACUAAAUGUAUGGACUAUCAUUGAAUGAAGAAGUGGGUAUGGGUUGAAAUAGCAGCGUGUAUAAUUGAAGGAUAACAAUGAAUGUAGCAAGUGGUUAUUUACAUAGAAAAGGUAGUACGUGCCUGGAACAACCUUCCAGUGGAGUAUUGGCUAAUAGUGAUAUAGUAAAAAUAGUAGACGCCUGCAACAGCCUUCCAGUGGAAGUCAUAAAGGCUUAUAGAAUAUAGAAACGGUAGUAGAUACCUGGAAUAGCCUUCCAGUAGAAGCCAUAAAGGUUAAUAGUUAUAGAAAGAGUAGUAAGUAGCUAGACAGGCUUCCAGUGGAAGUCAUAAAGGUUAAUAGAGUUAUAAAAAAAGUUGCAGUUAUUUGGAAUAGCCGUCCAAUGGAAGCCAUAAGGGCAAAUAGAGAUAUAGAAAGGGUAGUAGGUAGCUGGACAGUGGAAGUAGUAAAAGGCUAACCAAUAUAUAUAUAUAUUGUAGUAAAUACCUGGAAUAGCCUUCCAGUGGAAGAAGCAAGGGCUAAAGGUUAUAUAGAAUGAGUAGUAGCUACCUUGAAUAGCUUUCCAUUGGAGGCAGUAAGGGCUAACAGUGAUUAUGAAAGGGUAGUAGAUACCAGGAACAGCCUUCCAGUGGAGGUAGUAAGGGGUACCAUAAGGUUAUCUAAUCUUGAAGAACGAAUAAAGCAAAUUAGCCUGACAUUUCACAAUUCUAAUGAUUUCAUUACUUUAAAUAUCAGUGUUAAAGCAAUAUUUUAAGUGAUAAAAGAUUUUCUAAUAAUCUCUCUGGAAUACUGCCAGGAAGUAAAGGUCAGAUUAAGCUCCUCUAGAAAGCCCAGCAUUUAUUAUACACAUGAGUAUUUUGCGGUUCCUUCAUAUGGGGUAGCCUGUAUAAUAAUUCACUGUGUCUUUUAUUAUGGAAUGUUAGAGGGGUGCGCAAUGUAUUGGAAUGCUGUGAUUGACAUGGGUUAUUCAAUAAAGUGUCUUGACUAUCUUAGCAUCCUACUGUGUUUAUGCACUAUAAAAAAAAUCAAUGGAUGGAUGGAUGGAUAAAGUUAUAGACAGUCAGAAACAGUCUUACAGAGACUGAAAAUAAUCCUAUAACCCCUUCCCUUAAUAAUGUGUUUUGCCAACACAAAUAUGGAGUUUGGCUCAUCAUCAAAACAGAUUUGAUUAACAGAGAAAUAGGUUGAGAUUUAUCAAACCAAAACAAAUUUUCUGGGUGCAAUUUGCUAAAUGUCGAGACAUCAUAUUGGUUUCUAUGGUGAUUGCUCUUGAUUUAGCCCUUUGCCCCAGAAAAGCACCUGUUUUUGCCUUGACUUCACUAUAAAAAAUGUACCCAUAUAUACAAUGCCCAUGCAACCUUCUGCGUCUGCCUUAAAGAUAUUGGAACGCCCUGUUGGGUUACCUUGGUACCAGAGCUGGUUGACCUGGGAUGGAUGACCAGUAGGUAAUUUCCGGGGCAGUUUAAUCCUUUUUAUUGUGCGAGGAUUAAGCUAUGGGAUGAGCAGUAUUGUCUGGCCAAGCUCUGUCUGGGUGGGAUACACCAAAGAUCUGGGGGUCUACUCAUAAGCUGUUUGUAAUGAGAUCUUCUCGAGGAUCAGGAUGGGAGAAUUCAUGGAGUGUGUCUGGAUUUGGGAUGAAAAUUCCAGGAGUGGAAAGGGUUAAUCUACUGCUGGAUAUUUGUAGGAGCGUGGGUGGAAAAAAAACCCCACCAGAAGAAUGAAAAUGUAUUUGUUGGUUGCCAGCAGUAUGAACUUGGGAGCCACGUUUACGUAGGUCCUGAGAAUUGUCCGGAUCAAUUUUUUUGGUUUUUGUUUUCUGUUGCUCUCCCUGCAACGCUGCCCUACAAGUAAAAACACAAUUAUUCACUAAACUAUGAAUUGUUGAAAACUAGAGUCCGACUUUCAAACCUAAUAGCUAACUUGUAACCGUAGCUUAGUUGAAAACGUUCUACUAUCUCCUAUUUUUGCCUAAAUUUGGAUUUCACUUCUAAUAACGUCUUGUAUUUCAUGACUUGAUGUUGUCUAUUACACAGUCUGAAUGCCCAUUACUCACUGAAGCUUGUACAGUGCCUGAUUGACCUCUAGCGCGCCUCUAGGGAUGGAAUACAAGUGUCAAUGGCUCGAUACAGAAGGCCAGAGGCAUAGUGCACAUUUUCCCACUAGGUCGAGCUUUUAGCCUUUUUUUCUGGUGGGACUGGUGUAGGACAUGUAUGAUAUGUCUAGUUAUUGUGUGUAGGGAGCAGUGUGAUGGUGUGAAGGACGGUUUUAUUCUUGGUGUAUGACUAUUUUGCUGGUUGAUUUAAGAGAAAAACAAGGUUGACAUUUUUGUGAUGAGAGCCGGUAAAGACGUUAGAAGCAGAGUUUCAUGGUUUGGAAGCAGAGUAAGGUCAAUAAUUGGGAUGUGAAGGAUAUAAUAUCUUAAAAUGUUUGUUUGGUGUUGAAGACGACACUGUAAGAGGAGGUGGCAAGGUGAGGACGGAGGGAAGUGUUAGCACUGAGCGUUGGAAUUUGCAAUGGAAGAUCGUUGGGUAGUAGAAUCACUAGUGUGAGAGCAUUGGAUGAGGCAAAGAGCAGGGUGAGGGCACUGGAGGAGGCAGUGUGAGGGCAUUGAGGAUAGCAGGGUGAGGGCACUGGAGGAGGCCGUGUGAGAGCAUUGAGGAGAGCAGGGUGAGGGCACUGGAGGAGGCAGUGCGAGGGCAUUGAGGAGAGCAGGGUGAGGGCACUGGAGGAGGCAGUGUGAGAGCAUUGAGGAGAGCAGGGUGAGGGCACUGGAGGAGGCAGUGUGAGAGCAUUGAGGAGAGCAGGGUGAGGGCACUGGAGGAGGCAGUGUGAGAGCAUUGGGAUAGUAGGGUGAGGGCACUGGAGGAGGCAGUGUGAGGGCAUUGAGGAGAGCAGGGUGAGGGCACUGGAGGAGGCAGUGUGAGAGCAUUGAGGAGAGCAGUGUGAGAGCAUUAAGGAGAGCAGGGUGAGGGCACUGGAGGAGGCAGUGUGAGAGCAUUGAGGAGAGCAGGGUGAGGGCACUGGAGGAGGCAGUGUGAGAGCAUUGAGGAUAGUAGGGUGAGGGCACUGGAGGAGGCAGUGUGAGGGCAUUGAGGAGAGCAGGGUGAGGGCACUGGAGGAGGCAGUGUGAGGGCAUUGAGGAGAGCAGGGUGAGGGCAGUGGGUGAGGUGAAAUUGUAAGAGUGCUAGGUGAUUGUGCAGGCAGUGGAAGAAGUGUAGCAAUGCUAAGAUUUGGAGGUGAUGGGUAAUAUUGGGACUGUAAGUAGUCAUUUAAGAGUACUGGCCAUUCAGUUCUGUAUUUUGGAGGUAGCAGUGUAACAGCGCUGGAUGUUGGGUAUUUUGUGUAUGAGAGCUGGAUAUUUGGUUUGGCAGUAUAAGCACGCUGUGUGUUUGGGGAGGCAGUGUAAGAGUGCUGGAUAUUUGGGAAGGUAGUGUAAGAGCGCUGGAUGUUUGGAGAGGAAGUGUAAGAGCGCUGGAUGUUUGGGGAGGCAGUGUAAGAGUGCUGGAUGUUUGGGGAGGCAGUGUAAGAGCGCUGGAUGUUUGGAGAGGAAGUGUAAGAGCGCUGGAUGUUUGGGGAGGCAGUGUAAGAGCGCUGGAUGUUUGGGGAGGCAGUGUAAGAGAGCUGGAUGUUUGGGGAGGCAGUGUAAGAGUGCUGGAUGUUUGGGUAGGCAGUGUAAGAGCGCUGGAUGUUUGGAGAGGCAGUGUAAGAGCACUGGAUGUUUGGGGAGGCAGUGUAAGAGCGCUGGAUGUUUGGGAAGGUAGUGUAAGAACACUGGAUGUUUGGGUAGGCAGUGUAAGAGCGCUGGAUGUUUGGGAAGGUAGUGUAAGAACACUGGAUGUUUGGGUAGGCAGUGUAAGAGCGCUGGAUAUUUGGGAAGGUAGUGUAAGAGUGCUGGAUGUUUGGAUGUUUUUUUUCCCUCUGAAAACCAUGUAACCCCAUAUAACCAGCUGGGAAAUUAAAAAGUGAGGUUUCUGUUUAAAUUGGUAAAGACAGAAAAGUAAUAAAUCUUUAGAAAAAGAGGGCCGAUAUGUUCACACACAACAGAAACAUCUGGAGGGACAGAAGGGGAGAUCACGGCUACUAUAACACAGCGCUGAUGAGCAUUAUACCCCAAUUAAACCCAAUUUAUAACCAUCAAGCUCUCAGCUCUCACAUUCACUGGUAACGUGGGACUAUAACAUGGCGAUCGGCGAAGAAGAUAUUUUGGAAUUCCCUUGAAAAGACCAUUUCUGGUCAUAUAUUCCCAUAUCUCCUACUAUUAACCACUUUCUUUCAUAAUCCUAUUUCUACCGCUCUCUCAUGCAGCUUUCUCCUUUAAAAACUCCCCCCCAGCAGCCCUUUUACCCUGCUUUCCUACACUUAUCCCACUGACUUAUUUUUCACACUCAAGUUUGGGAAACCCUUUUCACAAGAAACUUUGUUCACAAUUGCUCAUUCUCCAAACAAACAAAAAUAUAAUUUUGUAUAUAAGCAUUGUUUUUUGUUUUUUUUUAUCUCUUUUUUUAACCCCUUAAGGACCAAACUGGAAUAAAAGGGAAUCAUGACAUGUCACACAUGUCAUGUGUCCUUAAGGGGUUAAAGGGACACUAUAGGCACCCAGACCACUUCAGCUCAUUGAAGUGGUCUAGGGUGCAUAGUGACAGGUCCCUUAAAGGACCACUAUAGUGCCAGGAAAACAUACUCGUUUUCCUGGCAAUAUAGUGCCCUGAGGGAGCCCCCACCCUCAGGGUCCUCCUCCCGCCUGGCUCUGGGGAGAGGUAAGGGGUUAAAACUUACCUUUUUCCAGCGCCGGGCGGGGAGCUCUCCUCCUCUUCGGCUGAAUGCGCAUGCGCGGCAAGAGCUGCGCGCGCAUUCAGCCGGUCUCAUAGGAAAGCAUUUACAAUGCUUUCCUAUGGACGCUUGCGUGCUCUCACUGUGAUUUUUACAGUGAGAAUCACGCAAGCGCCUCUAGCGGCUGUCAGUGAGAUACAGGUGUAAGUUAUCAUGCAGAUAUGAAAAAAGAAGGUUGACAUAUCAAAAUCGGCAAAACUGUCGAGGGGUGGUUGUUACGUCCACCCAUAUAACUAUACAAGUAUGUAUGUAUUUUGUCAUCACACCAAUUUUUAUUUUUAUUUUUUUUAUUGCAAUACCUCUACUCACAGAAUAAAUUGAUUUGUGUAUAGUAAGAUAAUAGUACACAGUUUGAAAUAAAAAAAAAAAAAGGUUUUUUAAUGUCUAAUUUGGUUUUGUUGUGUGCUAACUACGAAGUAACAGAUCGACAUCAAAGUAAAAAGUAAUUAAAACUUUUAAAGGACAUGGACAGCUAUUGGCAAGCAAACCACUCACUAAUUACAAUAAAUAUAGAGACAGGGGUCUACAUAAGAUCACUGUGUGACUAGUGGGAACCUUUGAUUGCCCCCGUACCCAAAAAAAUUUAAAAUCCCAGGGGCAUCCAGAGCAAGAUUAAAUGAACACUUUAGGCAGCAAAACAACUUUAGUUUAAUGAAGCUGUUUUGAUGUGCAGAUCACCCCCCUGCAGUCUCACUACUCAAUUCUCUGCCAUUUAGGAAUGAAAUAAUUUUGUUUCUGUUUAUGCAGCCUAAGUCAGACCUAGACUGACUGUGACUCAUACAGCCUGCAUGCAGCAUUACUCCCCCCCCAUUUUCAAUCAGUUAUUAACUUGCUUUAGAAGUGUUUAUCUCCUGCUCUGUAAAUUGAACUUUAAUUACAUACAUGAGGCUCCUGCAGAGUCUAGCAAGCUAUUAGCAGUGCAGGAGAUAAGAAAUUAUAAAUUAAACAGAAUUUUCAAUAAAGGAAGUUUCAAGACUAGAUCUCUCUUUACAGUGUUUAGAAAGGUAUAGCUGUGUUUCUAUCUCCCCACUCAGGCCCCCUGUGUGCCACUCUCGCCUCCAUGUCCCUUAGUGGUGCUCUCCCCUUCCUGUUUCUUAGUGGUCCCCUUCCUGUCCCUUAGUGGUCCUUUCCCCUCUCUUCCCUGUCCCUUAGUAAUCAUCUCCCCUCCAUGUCCCUUAGUGGUGCUCUCCCCUCCCCUGCCUGUCCCUUAGUGGUCCUCUCCCCACCCCUGCCUGUCCAUUAGUGUUCCUCUCCCCUCCCAUUCCUGUCCCUUAGUGAUCCUCUUCUCUGUCCCUCAGUGUUCCUCUCCUCCCUCCUCCCCUAAUGGUCCUCUUUCCUGUCCCCUUAGUGUUUCUCUCUCUUCCCCUCCAUGUCCCUUAGUGUUCCUUCCCCCUCCCCUCUCCUCCCUGUCCCUUACUGGUCCUCUCCCCUCUCCUCUGUGUCCCUUAGUGUUCCUCUCCCCUCUCCUCCCUGUCCCUUAGUGUUCCUCUCCCCUCUCCUCCCUGUCCCUUAGUGUUCCUCUCCCCUCUCCUCUGUGUCCCUUAGUGUUCCUCUCCCCUCUCUUCCAGGUCCCCUUAGUGUUCCUCUCCCCCACCCCUCUAAGUGAUCCUCUUACCUAUCCCUUAGUGUCGUCCCUCCCCUAAUGGUCCUCUUCCCUGUCCCUUAGUGUUUCUCUCCCUGCCCCUCCAUGCCCCUUAGUGUUCCUCUCCCCUCCCUCUCUUUUAGUGGCCCCCCCUCCUCCCUCUCAGUGUUCCUUUUCCCUUCCCUUCCCUGUCUCUUAGUGUAUCACCCACCCUCCUUAGUGGUCCGCUCCCCUCCCUCCCUUGCAUGCCUCAUUACCCUUCUUGUAGCGUGGCCGAGCAGAGUGGACCACGGUACAGGAGCUUCUGAUUCCUGUACUCGGCCGGGCUGACAUGAAGUGCUCUCUCAGUGAGUACUUCCUGUCAGUCCAGCUAGGUACAGGAAACAGAAGCUCCUGUACCGUGGUCCACUCUGCUCGGCCACGCUACAUUGAGUGACUGGUAGGAGGGAGCAAACCUGUAUUCCUGACCCUAUUGUGUUAAAACCACUAUUUAGGUGGCUUGCACUCCCUUAUCCCCCUUAAAAGGUAGGAACACUUACCUUAUUUCCAGUGCCGCGCUGGUCUGCUGGCAUUUGUCCCGGCCCUGAUCCGCCUCCUUGCUGACAUCAUUAGCAUUAAAUGAUUUCCCAUAGGGAAAACAUUGGAUUGGCUGAAAUCGGCAAGGAGGUGGGACAGGGGUAGGGACUAUGCAAAUACUGCCUUUUCUCUGAAAAGGCAGUGUUUACAUGAAAAUGCCUGAAGGCAAUGAUUAUACUCACCAGAACUACAUCAAGCUAUAGUUGUUCUGGUGACUAUAGUGUCCCUUUAAGCUGUCGUUUAAAAAUGUUAAUGACGCCAUAUUGAUGUUUCCCCUUAGGUCUUUGGCUCUUGGACAACAGUACAGCACCCUGGGCUCACAGCCCAUCCUCUGCGGGUCUAUCCCUGGACUGGUACCGAAACAAAUGCGAUUCUGCCGAAACUACAUUGAGAUAAUGCCCAGUGUGGCAGAAGGGGUGAAGCUAGGAAUUCAGGAAUGCCAACACCAAUUCCGAGGCAGAAGAUGGAACUGUACUACGAUCCAUGACAGCCUGGCUAUCUUUGGACCAGUCCUGGAUAAAGGUAACGUUCCAGGUUGGGAAUAAAGCUCAUGAGAGUUCCUGCACUGAAAGUAACUGUGCGCAUGUACUUACAACCUCUUAAGACAUACUCUUAUUCAAAUGAAAGUAAUUUAUCUAAACACUGACAUGGUUAUUCACUAAGGUGAGAAUUCAAAGUGAAUUUAAAAUUUAAAAUCAAAAUAGCCGAACUGGAAAAAUUAUCUAAGUUAAAUUGGGCUGCUCUGGCCUUAAAGGGACAGAUAAUCACUUAAAGGGACAGAUAAUCACUUAAGACUGCCUGUAGUGGUUGUUGUCAAAUGUUUGAAAUUCAAUUUGAAUUCUUACUUUAGAGAAUAAACCACUGAUGACCAUAUUGUGUCCUGCAGAAGUGAGUAACUUUUAAGGCCUGACUAGAAGCAUAGAACUUCAAAUUUUACGCCAUAUUUAUAAUUUUUUUUAAUUUUAUUUUUUAUUGGAAUGUUCAUUAAACUCUUUAGACAACUGCUCCCUUCUCCCCCCCACCACCCACAUUUUGGUACCAAAAGGGUUAAAGGGACACUCCAGUGCCAGGAAAACAAACCAUUUUCCUGGCACUGCAGGUCCCCUCUCCCUCCCACGCCCCAUCCCAAGUUGCUGAAGGGGUUAAAACAUCGGCGCUGGAUCAGGCUCCUCCUACGCUCCUCCCCCGCCGAUGUCAGCGCAUUAGACCUCCCCAUAGGUAAGCGUUGAAUAAUGCUUUCGGCGACGUUGGAGGUCCUCACAUAGCGUGAGGACCUCCAUUGCCGUUUUAAAACACUUUUCGUGUUCUAUGAACCCGGAAGUGCCCUCUAGUGGCUGUCUAGUAGACAGCCACUAGAGGAGGACUUAACCCUGCAAGAUAAAUAUUGCAGUUUAUAAAAACUGCAAUAAUUACACUUGCAGGGUUAAGGGUAGUGGGAGUUGGCACCCAGACCACUCCAAUGGGCAUAAGUGGUCUGGGUGCCUGGAGUGUCCCUUUAAACGUGAGUAAUACCUUGAUUUCAGCACUCACGGUUCAAAGGAGUGAGAUAGAAAAUCUUCCCGAACACCAGUUUGACAUCUAGGAGGUGUUGCCAGAGAGAGUAUGUCCUUACUUUUUCAUUUUACAAAAAAGUACAGAUUUCAACAGAAAUUGGCACUUUUAUAAAUUAUCCUUGUGGCACCCCAACUGGCUGUUAAUUAGACACCCGGUCCUGUUACGUCUUGUAUUUGUUUUAGCUCAGUGAAGCUAAACUCAAGAGGCAGCAAUUUUUCAGCACACCUGCCUUCAGGGCCGGUGCAAGGAUUUUUGCUGCCCUAGGCAAAAGUAAAGUUUGCCGCCCACCCCCCCAUGUGACAUCACAAUGCCCCACCCAUAUGAUCUGCCAUGUUAACUAACGCCAGUGCUGCAGUGCCGCCGUGUUUACAUUAAAAGGCCUGCAGGGACAGGCUAUAGACACCAGAACCACUACAUUAAGCUGCAGUGGUUCUGGGGACUAUAGUGUUUCUUUAAUGUGAGGUAAAUUAGAGAUUAGUGCCACGAAUAAUAUACUAGAUUGCCUACUUACAACCAGAUGAGGAUGAUGAUGGGCUCUAGCUGCAGUCUGGCUCCACUGGUCUGGUGUAGAACAGGCUCUCUGGAGGCGGUUUGUAACUGUGGUCACAAAAAUCAAUGUUCUGGGAGAACGGGAAGCAGCUCCAUUUUUUGGGGGCCCUUUACACAGCUCAAGGUCUGGGUCCCAGGGUCCACCUUCAUGUUCCACCAAUGAGUUUGUUCACAGGGGGUGGAGUGUGUAGGGGAUGUCCUGAUAUGUGUGUAAGGAAUGCAUUGUGUGAAUCUGUGUUUGUAUGUGUAAGGGCUGCAAGGUGUGUUUCUGUGCAUGUAGGGAUGCAUUGAGUGUGUGUAAGGGGUGCAGUGAGCGUGUGUGUAAUGAAUGCAUUGUGUGUUUCUGUGUGUAAGGGAUGCAUUGUGUGUAAGGGUUGCAUUGCUUGUGUGUGUAAUGCAUUGUGUGUUUUUCUGUGUGUGUGAUGGAUGUCAAUCUCUUCUCCCCACCCACAACCUCCUCCCCCCUUCUCUCUCCCCCCAAUUUCCUCUCCCCCAAUUUCCUUCUCUCCCCCAAAAUUUCAUUCUCUUCCCCCAAUGUCCUUCUCCCUCCAAUCUCUCCCCUCAAUUUCCUUAUCUCCCUCCCCCCACCACUGUUGUAGCGUGGCCGAGCUCUGUAUGGUCCACGGGUACAGGGAGCUUUUGUUUACUGUACCUAGCCGGACUAAAAGGAAGUGCUCACUGAGUGUGCACUUCCUGUUAGUCCGGCCGGGUACAGGAGACAGAUGCUCCCUGUACCCGCGGACCAUACAGAGCUCGGCCACGCUAGUGUGAGGGAGUGACAGGAGGGAGCGCUGAGCGCUUCCCUCCUGUCAGCCCCUCUCCUCAUGCUGCGCCCGGGCGGUGCGCCCUCAUGGACGCACCAGCCAGGGCAAAGCUGCAGCCGCCUGAUGCUCUCUGCAGAGCGCUCGGGCGUCUGCAGCAUGAGGGGGGCCGGCGCUCUUGGCAGCGCCCCUUUCCAAGGGGCACCCUAGGCGGCUGCUUAGUCCGCCUAAUAGGUAGCGCCGGCCCUGCCUGCCUUGCAAAGACUUCUCAUUGAGCUGCAUUUGGGAAGUCUGUGAUUGGACAGCCACAGAAAGUCUAGGCGGGGUUAGAAGGGGAGGGAUUGCAAAGGGCUUUUGCAAGCUGGUUUAGGUAAACUCCCAAUUAAAAAUGCAUAAUUAAAUACAUGCACGUUUUCAUUGGGGUGUAUUUACUAAAUAGUGAUUUUUGUAUUUGGGCAGUGGGGUGUCCCUUUAAUGCAUUGCUCAUCUUUCUGCCACUCCAAGACUGAAAAUGGAUUUGUAAACCAGUGCCUGGACAAGGAAGUGACCCAGCCAAUCAUGAUGCGCCCUCAACCUUCUAUGAGUUAAUUCCACGAAUCCAUGAAUAGCAGAGAUUUAAAGCCAAAGCUUUCUGUUCUAGAAAGGGAAUAGGUGAACUACAACUCCCAGAAACCCCUGCUUUGUAGCCUCUCAAUAUAGUGCAAAUGCUUGAACGGGCAAAGCACUCUCUGUGCUGUAUUUGAAUGAUUGGAUGGGCGGGCUUUUGCGAAACACUACAAUUAUAAGACAGUCUAGGCGUUUGUUUACUAAACACUGAACUGUAGUGAGUUGAAGACAGUCACAAAGUUCAGACUAAAAUAAUCAAUCUUUGACUUUAGCUCAAUUGGAGAAUUUUUCCAAAUCGGCUAUUUUGGCCUGCAUUUUUCAAAUCCGAUGCAGAGUUUGUUAAAUAAACCCAUUAGUGUGUUGGAUAUUGCAGGGGUCGGGGGAGCCCGUGGAGUUUGAGCAGGAAUAAUACAGAGAGCAGAGACAGUGGAUGAGCAGGUUUCCCAUAGAUGAGAAUAUGCAGUUUUUGCCUCUCACACAGAGGCUGGCGGGUCAGUUACAGAACGAACAAGUGAAAUGAGCUUAGUGCUCAAUGAAUAGGGUUUAAGCCUCCUCCCCACUGCGAGGCUGAGAGGGGCUCUGGGCCCAGCGGGACUCCAGGACCAUUCACACGCCCUUUCACUGCUCCCCCCCCAGACAGAAAGGGGUCUCCUGAAGCAGGGGGAAAGUGUGCAGUCUGCGCAGAGAUGGCUGUUGCUACGAACCGACAGGGAAAUGGCAGUUUGGUCACACACGGGUCCCAGAGACGUCCAUCAUUAUGUCACUAAUACACUGUGACACCAUCGCACAAAGGGUAAUUGAGUGUCACAGCAGGUAACUAGCCGGUCUGCAGCAGAAGGGGGGAGCCUUUAAAUAAGGGGCUUAAUCCCCUCUUCAAUUUAUCCUGCACAGAUCUGUACAUUGAUACCCUGCCCUUGUAUGAGUCUUUCUCUUAUCCCAAAAGCUUACAAUCUAAUAGGCUUCGGGAUUAGGGCAGACGUUUGUGAUUGUCUCUGAUGUGUGAAUGGUUACUUGGAAUCCCUGUGUGCACUUUCCUUGAGUAAGUCACUGUAUCAGUUUCUGGCUUAGAUGCUAAAAAUCAGUUUUCAAAUCAUGAUCUCUCUUGGGGAGCUAUUUAAUAAAAGCUAUGAAUUGUGGGAAAAAAUGAAAAAAAACAAAAAACGCUAUAAAUGUAAAACUUUAAGUUAAAAAGAAGCAAAAUUAUUUUCUAGAGUGAGAUCAAGAUGGUGAUAGCCAAAAAGCAAAUAUCAUAAUGUGGUAAAUACUAUUUCUAUUAUUAUAAAUAUAAUUUAUAUUUAUAAAAUAUCUCUAUACAAAUAAUGGAGAAUAGAAAGAGAAUUGCAAAUUUAGGAUAGAACUGCCAAAAUGAAAAAAUAGCCAAAUUUCUCCCUCAUUUAUCUGCUUCAGUCUAAAACGUGCAAUUUCCUUGUUAAUUCUUAAAAAAAUCCCAGUUUAUUUAAUAAAAGUGUCUAUACAUGUGUGAAUCACUGUUCUUUAACUCUUUAAGGACUGGACUGUUUUUGCAAUGUUGUACAUUUGCGACCAGGCCUCUUUUUACACUUUUGUGGUGUUUGUGUUUAGCUGUAAUUUUCCGCUCUCUCAUUUACUGUUCCCAUACAAAUUAUAAAUUGGUUUUUUUCAGGACAAAAAGGGCUUUCUUUACAAACCAUUAUUUAUAUAAUCUCAUGUAAUUUAAUUUAAAAAAAAAUAAAAAAAAAUAUGAUGAAAAAUUGAAAAAAAUAAAAAAAAUUUGACUUUUAUUAGAAACAUAGAAUGUGACGGCAGAUAAGAACCAUUCGGCCCAUCUAGUCUGCCCAAUUUUCUAAAUACUUUCAUUAGUCCCUGGUCUUAUCUUAUAGUUAGGAUUGCCUUAUGCCUAUCCCACGCAUGCUUAAACUCCUUUACUGUGUUAACCUCUACCACUUCAGCUGGAAGGCUAUUCCAUGCAUCCACUACCCUUUCAGUAAAGUAAUACUUCCUGAUAUUAUUUUUAAACCUUUGUCCCUCUAAUUUCUUGAAAAAUCUUUUACUCAUCUACAAGAGCGAAUGAAAAAACUGCUAAAUAGAUUCAAAAUUUUGUCCUGAGUUUAAAAAUAUCCAGUGUUUACAUGCUUUUUUUUUUUGCAUGUUAUAGGGCUAUAGGUACAAGUAGGAUAUUGCGGUUUCAAAACAUACAUUUUUAAAAUUUAUCAAUAGUGACAUUGUAACACUAUUAUCUGUCAUAAAUCUCUGAAUAACACCCCACCCAACACUGGCCAAAGUUAGCGUUCAUAUUUGUUUGUGUGUGAAAAAAGUAAAAAACUAAAUUGAACGCUAAUGUUGGCCAGUGUUUGUGACUAAGUGGCUACUAAAAAAGAAUGGACAUACCCCAUUUGCAAUACUUUGGGUUUUUUAAUAGCCACUUAGUCACAAACACUGGCCAAAGUUAGCGUUCAUAUUUGUUUUUGUGUGAAAAAAAGCAAAAAACUAAUAUUUGGCCAGUGUUUGUGACUACUAAGAAAGACUGGACAUACCCCACUUGCAAUACCUUGGGUUGUCUACUUUUGCAAAUGGUAUGCCAUCAUGGGGGUAAUUCUCAUUCCUGGGUUACCAUACGCUCUCAAAGGCAACGUAACCAACCUGGCAUUUUUCAAUGUAAAAAUAUUUGACCCAUAUAUUUGACCCUGUAACUUUCAAAAACGCUAUAAAACCUGUACAUGGGGGGUACUGUUAUACUCAGGAGACUUUGCUGAACACAAAUAUUAGUGUUUCAAAACAGGAAAACGUAUCACAACAAUUAUAUCAUAAAAGUGAUGUUUGUGUGUGAAAAAUGCAAAACAUAAGUCACUUUUACUGACAAUAUCAUCGCUGUGAUAUGUUUUACUGUUUUGAAUCACUAAUAUUUGUGUUUAGCGAAGUCUCCCGAGUAAAACAGUACCCCCCAUGUACAGGUUUUAGGGUGUCGUAGAACGUUACAGGGUAAAAUACAAUGCUAGCAAAUUAAAUUCUCUGGACAUUCGGCCUGGGUUGGCAGGCAGGUCCCUCAAAUUGCAAUCAUUAAAAUUAAUUAUGUAAAAAUAUUGCAUAAAUACGCAGGUAGAAUUUAAAUAUAUAUGCAUAUUUCUAUAUUUGAAGUCUACGUGUAUAUUUAUAUAAUUAUUUAUAUAUACAUAGAUAUAUAUACAAUUUCAUUCUAAGUGUAUUUUGAUAUAAAAAUAUAUUACUAUCAAAAUACAGUUAGAAUAAAAUUUCAUAUAGAUUUUUUUAAAUGUUUUAUUAUUUUUACAUGUUUUUAUUUAAUUUGAAUUACUUAUUUGUAUUUUAUAAUAUUUAUUUACAAUAUAUAUAAUUAUAUAUAUUAUACAUGUGUAAUUUAAUAAGUGUAUUUUUAUAUUAAUAUAAAAAUACACUUAGUAUGACAUUAUAAAUAUGAUAUAUAAACAUAUUAUAUAUAUAUAUAUAUAUAUAUAUAUAUAUAUAUAUAUAUAUAUAUAUAUAUAUAUAUAUAAUAUUUAUAUACACAUAAUUUUUUUUUAUAAAUAUGGGGGGUUCAGUUACUCCACCCAGCCAUAUCAUGUUAAAUGAACAUUAUAGGGUCAGGAACACAAACAUCUAUUCCUGACCCAAUAGUGUUUAACCCACCAUUUAAGUGGCUUAUCCCCAUAUAAAAGUUUAAAACUCACCUUUUUUCCAGCGACGUGCGGGUCUGCUGGCGCUGGCUCCGCCCCAUUUGAGACCAUGGGGACGCUGAAUGUCAGGGCUGCUUUUUCAGCAGCACUGACCCAGGAAGCACCUUCAGUGGCCAUCAAAGGAGUGGCCACUUGGAGGUAUCCCUAGAGGCAAUGUAAACACAGCCUCUGAAAAGGCAGUGUUUGCAUUAAAAAAGCCUGAAGGGAGCUAUUAUACUCACCAAAACAACUACAUUAAGCUGUAGUUGUUCUGUGACUAUAGUGUCCCUUUAAGACCACCACUACUCCUCCGUAUCCCAAUAUCGGUGGAUCCUACACUAAUUUUAACAUGGGAGACAAAUAAUGCUAGUACUGUGUUUCCCAUGUUAAAAUUAGUGUAGGAUCCACCGAUAUUGGGGUACUGUGGAGUAGUGAUGUGCUUAACAUGAUAUGGCCGGACGUUAUAACUGAACCCCCAUAUUUGUUUGCUGAGAUAGGUGAUUUUAAGUAGCCUUGUAAAAUGUAAAACUAUUUCCGUGUGCGCUGUUCCUUAAUCCGUAUUUUGUAUAAAUUUUCGGCUCUACGGCAGCACUAUUCCUGUAAAAUGCAUGUUCCGGGUGUGACCCCGAUUCCCUUUCUUUCUAUGAUUCACUGUUCUUGCCAUUACCUAUUAAAAUAAAUCUUUUUGAACAUUUAGCUAUUCGUAAAUAUGUUUGUAACAUACUAUAGGUUUAAUGCUGGAGGAAUGCCCAGUCUCCUGGUGACAAUUUAUUCCACCAUCUGGAUGGACAGAUAAAUGGUCACAAUAAUUUUUAAUUUUUUUUAUUGCUUUUCCCCAAUAAAUGCUGGCAACGUAUCAUGGAGUUCUACCCUUUCUCCAUCAGAAGUUUGAACUGUUCCAGUACUGAGGAACAUUUAAUUCUAUGUUAGUGUAUAUUCUAUAUUAAUAUAUGUGUGCUACUUGUAUGCUUUCUAUUACAGCCACACGGGAAUCAGCAUUCGUUCACGCCAUUGCCUCCGCUGGGGUGGCAUUUGCAGUGACCCGAUCCUGUGCGGAAGGUAGCUCCACCAUAUGUGGUUGUGACUCCCAUCACAAAGGCUCCCCCGGUGACGGCUGGAAGUGGGGUGGCUGCAGCGAAGACGCUGACUUUGGAGUCCUGGUUUCCCGCGAAUUCGCCGAUGCAAGAGAGAAUCGUCCAGACGCCCGAUCAGCCAUGAACAGACACAACAAUGAGGCAGGACGAGCGGUGAGUAAACAUGAAAAAACAAAAAACUAAACAGUAACACAAGCAGAAUAGUCUAACAAUGCAAUAAUAAAACAAAUUUAGACAUGAUAAAUGACUAUGUAUAGUAAACAGCUAAAUUACUGAACAUAAUAGACGAGAGUUUUAUUACAACACACAUUUUUAAGGGGAACCAUCCUUUGUCUUUAAAGAAAACUAAGAAACGACCACUAAAGUCACCCAGACCACUUCAGGUCAAUGAAGUGGUCUGGGUGCCAGGUCCCCCAGGUUUUAACCCUGCAGCUGUAAACAUAGCAGUUUCAGAGAAACUGCUAUAUUUACAUUACAGGGUUAAUCCAGCCUCUAGUGGCGGUCUUCCUGACAGCUGCUAGAGGCGCUUCUGCAAUGCUCAAUGCGAAAAUCACCUUACCUCACCUUAGGAGAGGUGGGGAAAGUUUAUAAAGCACAAUUCUGGUGCAAAGUCUUAAAUGUGUCUAAACAAGAAACAUUCAAUUGGUUUCCACAAUAACUGCUCCAUAUUUAGAAGGUUUCUCCUUAUACAUACGGUAUAUACAGAUAAUUCAUAUCAGAUAUACUUGGCAAUACGGUUUUGACUUUUAUUGCUUUUUUACCACUGACCAAAAAACAAACUUGUUUUUCUUCCUUAGACCAUCCUAGACCACAUGCACUUGAAAUGCAAGUGCCAUGGUCUUUCUGGCAGCUGUGAGGUGAAGACCUGCUGGUGGUCGCAACCAGACUUCCGAGCCAUUGGCGACCAUUUGAAGGAUAAGUACGACAGUGCGUCAGAGAUGUCUGUGGAGAAACAUCGGGAGUCACGUGGUUGGGUGGAAACCCUCAGGGCCAAGUACUCCUUAUUUAAACCUCCCACGGAGAGGGAUCUGGUCUAUUAUGAGAACUCGCCUAACUUCUGUGAACCAAACCCGGAAACUGGCUCUUUCGGAACCAGAGGACGUUCUUGCAACGUGACAUCGCAUGGAAUAGAUGGCUGUGAUCUCUUGUGUUGUGGACGAGGCCACAACACGCGCACAGAGAAGCGCAAGGAGAAAUGUCACUGCGUUUUCCACUGGUGUUGCUAUGUGAGCUGUCAGGAAUGUGUGCGAAUUUACGAUGUCCAUACCUGCAAGUAA